AUGCAGACCUCCUCCGUCCCUGCCUCCCCUCUCACGGACGGACAGUUAGUACGCCUGCUAUGUGGCCUCAAGGAUUUGUUUGCCACUUUGCAUGCGUGUGGCAAGUAGCAGCGCCUUGGGAGCACCAGUGAGAGUUGGAGGGUUAGGAGAUCCAUUCCCUGUGUCUGCAGUCAUGGGAUUGUUGUCUAUCACAUGACGGUGUAUGUUUUCAUUCCACAGAGUGGGAAGUGACGGAGACAGAAUGUUUGUGUUCCUGUGUUCCGUGAAGUGGGAUUAUUGUCCUUUGUUCUUUCUCCUUGCUGUCUGAUGCUAGAGAGAGAGGGAACCAUGUUGCAGUGCUCCGUGUGUGUUUAUAUGUAAAUAAAGUAGAUUAGCCAACAUGCUGAGUUGCUGAGGUCUGUCAUGCAUGAUGCGCAAACUCUGUGGAUCUCUAAGUGUGCCGGUGUCGGUUGGCAUCGGUCGCUGUGAUGUUCCAGCUGAAGAAAGCUUAUGAAGCUCCUGAACGAUCGACCAGGAGGGAGAGAACAUGCCAGUUGGGCAUGUGUCUCUGCCAGGGUCCUACUCGAGGAUAGGCUGAGCUCCUGACACCCACCAGCCCUGAUCUCGGUGUUGUGGGUCCAUGUGUGUGUCCCGCUUGCGGUCCCACCAACGGGUGUGGCUGGUCAAUUGCAAACCUGGAGCAAGGCUUUCUCUGUAAUGGCACCCAGUUGUGGAACACUCUCCCCUCAGAGGCAUGGACUGCUACAACACUGAUGCACUCCCUCCAUCUUAAGUUUCCAGCCUAGUUUUUCAGCCUCUGUCUGAAUUGGUUGUUGGCAUCCAUUCUAUCUCAGGAGACAAUGGAGGAGUGUGCCUUUGCAGGUGAGGUCAAACUGUUGGGGACUUACAGCGCCUGCUGUGGCUGUAGAAACUGAUGCAGAAGAGACAUGUUUUGUUGAAGCUGGGGCAGAUGAAGGCACCCUGUUGUGCUGCUGCAGGCGCGCUGCGGCUUUUCUUCUCUCUGUGCUCCUCCCAGCGGCCAUUUUUCCUCUGGUCACUGCUAUGGAUGCACAACCUGAGUGUCUGUCUCCAGGCACUGCGGUUGUCCGCAUGGGAUUCCCACACAGCAGGCUUAACGUUGGCAACCUUUUCGGUACUGGCCCCGACUUGGUAGAACACUCUGUCACAAGAGACCAGGGCCCUGCGGGAUUUGACAUCUUUCCUCAGGGCCUGCAAGAUGGAGCUGUUCCGCCUGGCCUUCCGCUUGGACUCACUCUGACCCCUUAUAUGGGAUUUGGUAUACAGUCAUACCUCGGAAUAAAUAUGCUUCAGGAUAAGUAUUUUCGGGUUGCGCUCUGCGGUGACCCGGAAGUAAUGGAGCGAGUUACUUCUGGGUUUUGCCGCUUGUACAUGUGCAGAUGGUCAAAAUGACGUCACGCACAUGCGUGGAAAUGGCAAAAUGUGACCUGCGCAGAUGCAGAGUCGCAUCUUACGCUCUAUUCAGGAUGCGAACAGGGCUCCGGAAUGGAUCCCGUUCGCAUCCCAAGGUACCACUGUAUAAAUGUUCCCUUGGCGUUUUUGCUGGCCCAUGUAGAACCAGCAUGGAUAGCUGGCUCAGGUGAAUAUCUGAUGUUUCCUCCCUUUAUGGUCUUGAUUUAUGGUCUACUACUAAAAUGAGGCUGCAUUUUAAGCAGAAUUUUAAGCUGUAUUUUAAGCCGUAUUUUAAUUAACUGGUUUUUCCCCCUAUUAUGUUUUAUUGUAAUUUAUAUUCGGCGUUAGCCACCCUGAGCCCGGCCCUGGCAGGGGAGGGCGGGAUAUAAAGAAAAAAAUAUUAUUAUGAUGAUGAUGAUGAUGAUGAUGAUGUUUGCAGGGUUGGUCUGCCAACUGGCCUGGUGCCAGAAGCCAGCUCCCCAUAGAGCACAUCCUUGGGCAUCCUGCCAUCUUCCACUCUGUGGACAGGACCAAGCCAGCAUAGACGUCGCUAAGACAGGAGUGCGAACGUGCUGGGAGUAUGGGCCUGGAAGAGAACUUCUUUGUUCGAGACUCUGUCCUGCCACGGGAGGAUGUCCAGAAUCUUCCUGCCACAGUGCCUGGGAAGGCGUUGAGGCUUUGCUUCUGGCCGUUGUAAGUUGCCCACGACUCAGUGUGGCGUAGUGGUUAAGAACGGUGGACUCGUAAUCUGGUGAACCGGGUUCGCUUCCCUGCUCCUCCACACGCAGCUGCUGGGUGACCUUGGGCUAGUCACACUUCUUUGAAGUCUCUCAGCCUCACUCACCUCACAGAGUGUUUGUUGUGGGUGAGGAAGGGAAAGGAGAAUGUUGGCCACUUUGAGACUCCUGAGGGUAGUGAUAAAGCAGGAUAUCAAAUCCAAACUCUUCUUCACUUCCAUAAAGCAGCAUGUUCCAACACCCAGGCUUGGUCCAGUCGACCUUCAUCUCGGUAUUGGACGUUAACCUCAGUAAUCUGCUAGGAUUGCUGCAAUUUUAUUGGUGAUUUCACUCAGCUGUUAACCCAUCCAAAAACAAAUGUUGUAAAGCUGGCUAUAAAUCUGUCAAAUAAAUAAUAAGUUAAGCAUUUCCACACAUGCACACGGCACAAUCUGGACAGAAUCUCCCCUUCUCUCCCUGGUACCUUUUUUGGGGGGUGGGGGGGUGGGGAGAAUGCAAACUAUUAAGAACAAUCUGGACAUGCAAACUUGUUUCAACCUUUGGAUCAUCCUUGCUGAAUCAGGGAGCUUAUAUAUUAGGAACACACUGAAGGCAUUAGGAAAGAUGGCUUAGCAGGCAUAGACAUAGAACAUAGAAUCAUAGAGUUGGAAGAGACCACAAGGGCCAUUGAGUCCAACCCCCUGCCAAGCAGGAAACACCAUCAGAGGACUCCUGACAUAUGGUUGUCAAGCCUCUGCUUAAAGACCUCCAAAGAAGGAGACUCCACCACACUCCUUGGCAGCAAAUUCCACUGCCGAACAGCUCUUACUGUCAGGAAGUUCUUCCUAAUGUUUAGGUGGAAUCUUCUUUCUUGUAGUUUGGAUCCAUUGCUCCGUGUCCGCUUCUCUGGAGCAGCAGAAAACAACCUUUCUCCCUCCUCUAUGUGACAUCCUUUUCUAUAUUUGAACAUGGCUAUCAUAUCACCCCUUAACCUCCUCUUCUCCAGGCUAAACAUGCCCAGCUCCCUUAGCCGUUCCUCAUAAGGCAUCGUUUCCAGGCCUUUGACCAUUUUGGUUGCCCUCCUCUGGACACGUUCCAGUUUGUCAGUGUCCUUCUUGAACUGUGGUGCCCAGAACUGGACACAGUACUCCAGGUGAGGUCUGACCAGAGCAGAAUACAGUGGCACUAUUACUUCCCUUGAUCUAGAUGCUAUACUCCUAUUGAUGCAGCCCAGAAUUGCAUUGGCUUUUUUAGCUGCCGCGUCACACUGUUGGCUCAUGUCAAGUUUGUGGUCAACCAAGACAUAAUCAGUCCAACCAUAAUUGGUCCAACCAAUCAUCAUCAUAAUCAUCAUAUAUUUAUAUCCCGCUUUCCCCCGACUUAUAGAUGAAAAUAAGAACCACUAAAAACAUAGAAAAAAAUCAUUUAAAAUUGGUAGCAUUAAAACCAUCUAUCUUUUUAUAUGUAAUCUAUUAAAUGCAUACACUGUGAGAUGAGCCAUUGGCCCGACCCAUCUUCUAUAUAUAUAUUUUUUAAAUUAGAUUUUCUGUUUUACAAUUAAAAUGCUCAUUUCAACAUCCUUGAGAUAUCAAUGACUUCCCUUCUUCUCUUUCCAUGGUUCAUUUUGCACAUCAUAAAUCCCUGCAUAUUUUACAAAAACUAAACCAUUCAGUAUUCCAUUAUUGCAUCCAUCAAAACUUAUUUAUGCUGCUGAAUUUAUCUUAAUGCUACCAACAUUUUCAGCUGUACACAAUUUCCCCCUAUAUAUCCAAUAAACGUUUCCCAAUCUAAACGUAUGUUCUUCUUGUUCUCUUAUUCUAUAUGUUAAGUCUGUGAGUUGUGCAUAUUUUGUCAACUUAAGUUGCCAUUCUUCUUUGGUUGGGACCUCGCUCGUUUUCCAUUUUGGGGCUAACAAAACACGGACCGCAGUAGUAGCAUACAUAAAUAACCUUUUUUUACACCUGUUUUUUCUUCCUCUUCUUCUGUUCUUAUAGUGAUGUGAUUGUGCAACGGCAGCCUCACACUUCCAAGUGCAAAAAAUUGAUCCUAUUUUGAAAAUAAAAAAAAGCCUUCCUUAUUUUUAAUGUCUGAUUUUAGCAGUAAUUUUAAUGUAUAUUUUAUGUAAACUGCUUAGAGGUAUUGAUGAUUAUGUGGUGCAUAAACAAAAAAUAAUCUGAAUUAAGAUGCUUAGCUAUCUAAUUGGAUGCAGUCACCAUAGUCCUCCAUUUUCUGUUCAUUCAAUAUGGGGGAUUUUUCCACUGCCUCAGAAACUCCCAUUGAACUUUCAAACACACACACACAGACACACACAGACACACACAGACCAUUCUCCAGAGGGUUCCCUUGGGGAUAAAAACAUCAAUGUGCCUUAGGGAGGAGACAGCUGCCAGAAGGGGGGAGGGGAGCAGGCGGAGGAUUAAGCCUGAUGAACAAACCUAAAUGAACCUAUUUGCAUCCUCUGGAUGGAACAAACUCCUACAGGCUGAGUUAAUGGAAGGGAUGCUGCAAUCUUUGCCAUUGCUGUAAAUGAAAAAGCCAGAGAUGGCUUGCGCACUCUGACUAUGUUAGGGGACGCGGUUGGCGCUGUGGUCUAAACCACUGAGCCUCUUGGGCUUGCCAAUCAGGUUGGCGGUUCGAAUCCCUGCAACGGAGUGAGCUCCCAUUGCUCUGUCCCAGAUUCUGCCAACCUAGCAGUUCGAAAGCAUACCAGUGCAAGUAGAUAAAUAGGUACCGCUGUGGCAGGAAGGUAAACGGCGUUUCCGUGCGCUCUGGUUUCCGUCACGGUGUUCCUUUGUGCCAGAAGUGGUUUACUCCUGUUGGCCACAUGACCCAGAAAGAUGUCUGUGGACAAACGCCGGCUCCCUCGGCCUGAAAGCGAGAUGAGCACCACAACCCCAUAGUUGCCUUUGACUGGACUUAACUGUCCAGGGGUCCUUUGCCUUUUUUUUUAACCUUAGUAGGCAGGAACUCUCCUCCUUCAGAGCUAGGUGGAGGUGGGCAGGCCACCUUCUCACGUAGGGGGGAAAUAUUGUGUCAAAAUAUAAAAUCCAUGCCUAGCCAAACGUUGGGACUCCAAUUUGCAUCACCAUGGCCAGUGCCAAUGGGAGUUGUAGUUUAGCAGGAUCUGUGAGCUACCCAUUAUGUCCACUAAAGGGGCAAUGGGGGGGGGUGUCUCCAUUCUAUGUUGUGGUGUGGCUUUUGCCUCAAUAAACAUCUUAGCCCGGCUUUUUUCAGCCAAACUCACCAGAAGUCAGUUCUGGCACUGCACCUCUCUUAAAAAAUUAUACUUUGCACGUUUAUACAUUUCACUAAUUUUACAAUCAUUUUGACAUUUCAAAACUUGACUUCCUUCCCCCUCUUUCUGCGGGUCCUUAAAUUUAUUAUUAAUAUCAUCCACAUAUCCAGAUUAAUUUAAUUUGCUCCUUUCAAUAUAUACUCUUAUGAAACUGCAGGUUGUUACAAUAAUCCGCCCAGAGUGGCUGAGGAAACUCAGCCAGAUGGGCGGGAUAUAAAUAAUAAAUUAUUAUUAUUAUUAUUAUUAUUAUUAAUUCACUUUAAUCUUCAAGGUGCCACGAAACUUUUUUGUGGUUCCGGGCCACAGCUCAGCAGUAGUGUGUGUGUGUUGCAUAUAUAUAUAUAAAUGUAUAUGGGGUAGAGAACCUGUGGCUCUAGGUAGUUGUUGGACUCCAGGUCCCAUCAGCCCCUGCCAGAGGGUCAAUAGUCAGGGAUGAUGGGAGUAUAAGUCCGGUGUCAGAGGGAUAUAACUGCCCCCAUCACUACUUCAUAAGGUGCAGGAAGAUCUCCCCCAGUACAGCAGAAGUCCUCUGGCUUCAUCCAUGGCACCUCUGAGGAUCAGGAAGCUGCCCAGUACUGAGCUGGCUCCAUUAUUCUACGUAGCUCAGUAUAGCCUCCCCAGGGUUCAGGCUACUUGGAGAUGCCAGAAUGAAUUACGAAGAAAGGCAGCGGUGUUCGGGACUUUCCAGUUAAGAGAAAAGCUGAGUAAUUUUAGAAGUUUGGGAAAUGAUGCAUGGCUUGGGAUAGCUCAGUUGGUAGCGCAUGACCCUGUUAAUCUCAGGGGUUGAGGGUUCAAGCCCCAUAUUGGGGAAAAGAUUCCUGAAUUGCAGAGAGGUGGACUAUAGAUGACCCUCCUGGUCCCUUCCAAUUCUACGAUUCCAAGCAGAUGGAGAAAAAUUUUCUUUCUCUCUCACACAACACUAAAACUUGUAGACAUCCAGUAAAUGUUGGGCGAUUGAGUGACAAACCUAGACAGCAUCUUAAAAAGCAGAGACAUCACCUUGCCGACAAAGGUCCGUAUAGUUAAAGCUAUGGUUUUCCCAGUACAGUGGUACCUCGGGUUACAUACGCUUCAGGUUACAUACGCUUACAUUCUGCUAACCCAGAAAUAGUACCUCGGGUUAAGAAUUUUGCUUCAGGAUGAGAACAGAAAUCGGGCUCCGGCGGUGCGGCAGCAGCGGGAGGCCCCAUUAGCUAAAGUGGUGCUUCAGGUUAAGAACAGUUUCAGGUUAAGAACGGACCUCCGGAACAAAUUAAGUACUUAACCUGAGGUACCACUGUAGUGAUGUAUGGAAGUGAGAGCUGACAGCCAAAGAAUUGGUGCUUUUGAAUUAUGGUGCUGGAGGAGACUCUUGAGAGUCCCAUGGACUGCAAGAAGAUCAGACCUAUCCAUUCUGAAGGAAAUCAGCCCUGAGUGCUCACUGGAAGGACAGAUCCUGAAGCUGAGGCUCCAAUACUUUGGCCACCUCAUGAGAAGAGAAGACUCCCUGGAAAAGACCCUGAUGCUGGGAAAGAUGGAGGGCACAAAGAGAAGGGGAUAACAGAGGACGAGAUGGUUGGACAGUGUUCUCGAAGCUACCAGCAUGAGUUUGACCAAACUGCGGGAGGCAGUGGAAGAAGAAGCAGAGAAGAGUUUGGAUUUGAUACCCCACUUUAUCACUACCCUAAGGAGUCUCAAAGCGGCUAACAUCCUCCUUUCCCUUCCUCCCCCACAACAAACACUCUGUGAGGUGAGUGGGGCUGAGAGACUUCAGAGAAGUGAGACUAGCUCAAGGUCACCCAGCAGCUGCAUGUGGAGGAGCGGGGACGCGAACCCGGCUCCCCAGAUUACUAGAUUACCACUCUUAACCACUACACCACACUGGCUCUCGGAAGACUCCUGGAAGACAGGAGUACCUGGCCUGCUCUGGUCCAUGGGGUCACGAAGAGUCAGACACGACUAAACAACUAAACAACAACAAAAAGCCCCUCUUGACAAAGAGCAUUGUUAAACUGUGGAACUCCUUCCUGCAGGAGGCAAUAGUGGCCACCAACCUAAGUGGCUUUGAAGUUUAAAAGAGGGUUAGACACAUUCAUGGGAGGAAGGGGCUAUCGGUGGCUACUGGCCACGAUGGCUAUUCUUGUGCUUGGGUUCUGCUUGAUGGUCGGCCACUGUGAGAACAGGAUGCUGGGCUAGAUGGACCACUGGCCUGAUCCAGCAGGCUUUUCUUAGGCCAGGAUUGCACCUUCUGGAUUGAAUCCUGCAUGCAGCGGGCCCAGGAGAACAUGCUGGAGAACUGAUGCCACAGUAGACAAUUUUUGCACUCCAUGGGCAAAAAACAAGGUAACUAAAGGCAGGUUCCUCUGUGGUUUCUCCUUACAUUUUUAAAAAACGGGAGGGCGUUUUAUUCCCCCCCCCUGCACCCCCGAUGCAUGCUCCCUUCCCCAUUAUAUUUUAAGAGAGAGUUCCCUGCGCGAUGAGGAGACGAUGAUCUGCGCUGUGGCGAAACAAAGAGCAAAGUCGGUGGGUGGCAACCGCAGCGGAGAUGCAGAAAACAAGAAUUAUUAUUUAAAAAAUGAAAAAUCAGAUCAACCCUAAGAGGGGCAGCUUGAACUCCUUCGCCCCGACACCCCAACUCCAGUUCUGCGCCUGGCCACUUCUGCAGCGCCCUUGCUCGCGCCGUCCCCCUUGGAUCGCGGCGCACCUGCUGGGGGACCCCCCACCCACCCAACUCCCAGUGCGCGCCCCCCCUAAAAAAACAACACACCACCACCCAAGCCAGCUCCGUCCUCCUCCCGUCGGGCGCCGAUCCCCGGCUGCAGCCGGGGGAGGAAUACCGCGAGAGUUGCAAGCGGCUUCCCUCGGCCCGGCUGCGAAGGUAGGGAGAGGGGGGAAAGCGCGCGCGGGGGGUGGGCGCAUGGUUGUGGUUGUGUGUCUGUGUGUGUGUGUGUGCAAGUGUGCGAGCGACGUGGUGGCGGCGGCGAGGGGGGGUCUCCGCGCAUGAGCCGGCGGCGGCGGCGGCGGCGGCGAGGGCGCUUUGGCCGUGCGCAUCGCUGUGCGCGCCCGGGCCCCGCCGGCCGAGCGAGCGAGAGGAGCGCGCUGCCCGCCCGCGCCGAGGUAAGCCCGGAGCCCCCCGCCGGUGCCCGGCCCUCGCCUCGCCUCCCUCCGGCCCUUCCCCACCCGGAGAGGGGCUUUUACUCCGCCCGGUGGCCCCGGCCCGGCCUCGCCGGCCGCCUCCCCAAGGCUCGCCCGCUUCCUUGCGCCCCACGGAGCUGGAGAGACCCCGGGCGAGGAGGAGGAGGAGGAGGAGGGCGAGGGGGCCAGCAGCGCCUUCCCCAAACCCCUCUCUCCUUUCCCCCCACCCCUCCCUCCUUUUCCUUUCCUCCCAUCCCUCUCUCUCUCUCUCUCUCUCUCCCUUCCUUCCUUCCUCUCUCUCUCUUUCUCCUCCUUCUACAUAAAAAGUCGCCAUUUUGCUUCAUUGCUUUUCCUGGGCUUUUUAAUUAAUUAUUUUGUAUGCCUUCCGCCCCCCCCCCCUUUUAACACCGCCCCACGCGCUCGCCCCAAAGAGGGGUGGGGGUGGGAGGCAGAUUUCCUUUUCUUCCUUUCGGUCUAUUUAUAUGUCUUUUUCUUCUUUUUCCUCCACCCCCUCCGCACCUUAUUUUGCGUGCGCGGAGAUCAAACGAUCGCGGGUGGAGGGCGGCUGUUGCUGUUGGUGGUAGGCGGUUUAUUUAUGUGUAUAUAUGUGGUUUUUUUUUAAUUUAUCGGAUUCCCCCCCCCUUUUGCAACCCUCUCCCUUCCCAAACCCUCCUCCUUCUUCUUGCCCCCUGCAAGAUUUUAAUUUUUUUUUAAGCAAGCGAAACACCCAUCUCUCUCUUUUGCAUUCUCCGCCAGCCCUGCAUUUUGCUUGAUUAUUCGAGCUUAUUUUUUUGGGAAUUGGGGAAGGGAAAGAAGCGGGGGGGGGGGAAGCAACCGAGUUCUGGAAAUGUGGAAAAGGAGAGAGGAAUAGCAAAGCUUUCGAGUGCUUUGCUGCUUUGGAAAGCUCCCCUUGGAAGUGGAUUAGAGUUGGGUGAGCUUGUCUUCUCUCCCCCCCCCCCCAUUGCAAACUAAGCGGCCUCGCCCCUGGGCAGCGACAGGUGGUGCGACCCCCCCUUUCUCCAACACACAGAUCGUGCGCUUGGUGUUAGGCACACUUGCCGAAAGUGGUGCAGAGCGGAGAGGUGGGUGGGGCCCAGGUGAAGAUGCUUGACCUACCUGGUCAGGUCACUUGGAGGUCACGAGGGCAACCAGCUCUUGGGGGCCGCCUGCCCUGCCCAGAGGUCAAGGUCAACAGGACCUGAAUGACUUCCCUCCGUGAUCCUGGCUUGAGCGCACGGAUGCACAAGUGCCUAGAUUGAGAAACUGGUGUUUUUGGGGAGAAGAGGUGUGCAAUCUGAGCCCUGGAUCCCUGGCAGUGAUGCUGCAGCGGUGCAGCUGCCCGUCGCAGCGCACCUGCUUUCGGGGCUGGGCCAAACGGUGGCGACCCUCCUGCUGCCUACAGGCAGACCUCGUCCUUUGGGGCGCCUGGUGCGUCUCAGAUGCCUGGCCCCUGGGCCGUGCCUUUGCCCCGAGGCGCUUUUGUGCACCAUGCAGCAGCGAGGCAACUGGAGAGAGAGAGAACAGGCAGCGAACAUCACCGUUUUCUUAGCGGGCUGGUAGGAAGACCAGCGCAGGCUCACCCCGGUCCAACCCCUAGAUAGGGCCAGGAAAGGCUCCCUGCCUGAAACCCCCUGGGGAGACGCUGCCAGUCAGUGUAGGCAGUAUUGAGCUGGGUGGAUCAAUGGUGCGACUCAGUGCAAGGCAAGUUGCUUAAUUCGGAAACGUGAGAACUGGGGCAGUUUUAGCCACAGAGCUGAAGCGCAGAAGGUAUCCUGGUCAACUCCAGGUAGGGGUGGGAAUGCCUCCUGCCUGAACCCCUUGAGGGAUGCUGCCAGUCAGUGCUGGGCUAUGUGAGUCAGUUCUCUGCAAGGCAGAUUCUGAUGCUCCUGUGUCCCCCACCUUCUUAAGGAUUAUGGGGGCUAGAGGCCCUGAAAAAGGAAAUAGAGAUCUUGGAAGAGGCUGCGGGAUUAUAAGCCCCGCCUGACCCAAUCACCCCAUUUAUUUGGCAGGGUAUGGGUGCUAACGAAACAUUUCUGCUUUCGGUUUUGAUCCCUGCGGUACACACCUCCUGCUACUUCUUCCUCAAAACCCACCUUUCCUACCCAAACCUAAGCAUCCUGGAAAUUUUCUAUACAAGAUGGGACCAUCAGCAGCCGCGGGUCACAAUAGCUAAGUUGAACCUCCACAUUCAAAGGCAGUCUAUCUUUCAAUAUUAGUUGCGGGGGGGGGGCGCAUUUUGCUUUUGCAUUCUUAUGGUUGCCCUGGGGGCACCUGAUGGGCCUUUGUAGGAAACGGGAUGCUCAGUUAGGUAGACUUUUUGGUUUGAGCUCGUUGGGCUUGUCUUAAUGUGUUAAUUGCAUUUUCUUUCUUCGCCUUUUGGUAUCCUUCUAUCUCUUUGUAAGCUCCUUGGGGCAGGGAUUCCCUCUUCCCUUCUGCUCAUAUUAACUGUAACAUGCUACAUGGAUUAAUGGCAGAAUGUCAUUUUAUGUAAUCAGGCUGCAUUAUCAGAGAAGGCAAGUUUUCAGGGGUAUUAUCCAUCUGGAACAAAGCUUGCCGUCUAAACUUGAUGUCUGUAGUGGAAUAUUUUGCAUGUCUUGCCGAAGCAAGGCCUGGAAUCAUAUGAGGAUGCUGUAGCUUAAUGAUGGUUCGAUUUGUUAAGGGCACAGCUGCCUUUGCCCGUCUCAGGGUGGUAGUCAACAAAGUUUUACUCCGAAUAGACCCAUUGAAAUUAAUGGACCAAAUUCAGCCAUGUUCAUUCCUCACAGAGGAUCAUGCGCUGAGUAAAACUUAGUUGAAUACAGUCAUACCUUGGCUCCAGAACAAAUCGGCUCCUGAACGAUCGAAACCUGGAUGUGAGUGUUCCGGUUUUCGAACUAUUUUUGGAAGCCGAAUAUCCGGCGCGGCUUCCGAUUGGCUGUAGGAGCUUCCAGUCAGCCAAUCAGAAGCUGCACUUUGGUUUCCAAGUGUUUUGGGAGUCAAAGGAACUUCUGGAACGGAUUCCAUUUGACUCCCAAGGUAUGACUGUACCACCCUAAGAGUCUUGGAGGGUAGGUCACUAUUAUUUCCCAUUUCACAGGGAGAAAAACUGAGGCUGACAAAUUUGCAGGUGUACCUAAGAGUGAGCUCCAAUCCCCGGGCAAAUUAUUCGCUGGGUUCUACUGAUUAUUUGCUCAGAAAGUUUUUUUUAGAAAAGGAUAAGUCGGAUACAGAGUCUUGGAAUUCCUGGGCAUUUGUUCCUCCUUUAGUUCCUUUCAGAAAUGAUUGAUCGACGGCAUUUAACAUCCUUUAAAAUUAUCAUUACGGUGUUUUCACAUUUGCCUUUUUACGCCUGCUGGCAGCGCGGUGUGGGAGGCGAUCGUUAAUCCUCUGAGAAAGGAACCUUGAAAUCAUGGGAUGCGCACACAGAUUUCCCGUUCAACUGAUGGAGGGGAAUUAUACCCGUUUUAAAGCUUAUCCGUUUAAAAGUGCUGUGCACGGAAUCUGUUCCAUUCAAAACAGGUUCUUUUCUUUUUGUUCCCACCCCCAUUUUAAAUGCAAGGUCUGCGGAAGCGAGGAAAAGGAAAAGAGUCCGUUUUUAAUUUAAUCCAGGCUUUGGCGGGUGGGCGGAGAAAUAGAGCGGUUCGUGUCCAAGAACUUUUGUUGUAAGAAACUCACACACACACACAAAAACGCCACACCAACAAAAAAACUCUACAUAUCUUGCAUAAAAUGAAAGGGAAGGGAAUUGUAGAAAUCAGUAGGUGGCUAGGAAAUCAUUCUCCUGUCGCACAGACCUAUGUUUACUGCAGCAAACAACUUCCUAAACUGUGCUUUGCCUAGUAACCCGUGUGUGUGUGUGUGUGUGUGUGUGUGUGUGUGUGUUUAACCCUUUCCUCGCUGUCAUUUUCUCCCCUGCAACACGUUCCUUCCAGGCCAUCUCUCCCCAAACAGCAUUCAAGUCCGCAAAUAAAUCUGGUGGGGUUUGUGCAACAACUCGGACAGAGAGAUGGUUGGAGGAGUGCAACAGUCAAGGGGAAAGGUUUAUAUCCCCCGCCCCGCUCACUUGCCCAGGGAUUCUCCUGUACAAAUGCCCCCGUCCUGUAGGGCAUCUGCUUUGUGUGGUCAGAAGGUCUCGAGUUUGAUUCCCAGCAUUUCCAGGCGAGGCUGGCAAACCCCUGUGUAAAAUAUCCUGGAGAUCUGCUGCCAGUCCGUGCCAGUGUUACUGAGCCAGAUGGAUCAAGACAGCUUUCUGUGGUCUUGUGUCUUGUAUUGCAACCAUGGGUUUGGGACAUUCUGCUUUAGGAGUGGGGCUGUCGGGAGUUGAGAUCUUGUGUGUCGGCAAGCUUGGUGCCCUGGACGCCACUGCUGCCAGGCGGGCCAGUUCCCUGCCUAGGAUGGGGCAGCUGUAGACCUUGCUGGUGGUGCCACCUUAAUGACAGAGAGACCUGCAUCCACAUUGAGAUGCUGUUACUAGGGCGCUUGGGGAAGCCUGCUCCAGACCUCCCCAAACCUGGAGCUUCUCCCAAGCUGAAUAAUAGUAACGUCCCAGCCACUCUGGGCAGGUCCAACACAUAAAAACAAUAUACAGUGGUACCUUGGUUCUGAAACUUAAUCUGUUCCGGAAGUCUGUUCCAAAAACCAAAGCGUUCCAAAACCAGGGCGCGCUUUCCCAUAGAAAGUAACGCAAAAUGGAUUAAUCUGUUCCAGACUUUUAAAAACAAACCCUAAAACAGCAAUUUAACAUGAAUUUUACGAUCUAACGAGACCAAUAAAAUGAAAGCAAUAAACAAUGUACUGCAGUCACACAAUCAGUCGCUGAACCGGGUUCCACACAGUCACAAAAACAAAACAAAAAGAGCCGCAAAAACAAAAAAGGCAAAAUAAAUAGCAAAAACAGACCGACCUCAGCGUAACACUCAAAACGGAAGUGUGGCACUCAGAUUGGAAGGGUAACUCUCAAAUCGUCACUGUAACACUCAAAACGGAAGCAUAAUACUCAAAACGUAAGUGUGGCACUCAAAUCAGAAGUGUAACACUCAAAACAGCGCAUGUUUGGCUUCCGAAAACAGUUCGCAAACCAAAACACUUCCGGGUUUGCAGUGUUUGGGUUCCAGGUUGCUUGAGUAGCAAGGCAUUUGAGAACCAAGGUACCACUGUAACAUCAAACAUUAAAAACUUCCCUAUCCAGGGCUGCCUUCAGAUGUCUUCGAAAAGUUGUAUAGUUUUUUAUCUGUUUGACAUCUGGGAGGAGGGCAUUCCCUCGGCGCUGGACCUCGGCGUCCGGGCUGAAUGAUGGCGGUGGAGACGCUCCUUCAGGUAUACAGGACUGGGGCCGUUUAGGGCUUUAAAGGUCAGCACCAACACUUUGAAUUGUUCUCAGAAGCGUACUGGGAGCCAUUGAAGGUCUUUUAGGACACUUAACUUAAUGAAAAGUAUGCAGGCUGUCAGUGUGGGAUGUCACCUGAGUGCAAGGCCUCCGUGAAGUUUCAAAUAUCCUCUUUUUAAAAAUUAACAUUAGCGAGCAUAUGUGUACUUUUAAAAAUGAUUGUUAAUAUUUUAUUAAGAGAAUUUCAGUUAAAGGAAAUAAAGAGGAGAAAGAGAGAAAGAAAGGGGGAGCAAAACAGUGCAGUGUUUUGUUUUUACAAUAUGUGCACUCCUGACAACAAAUUUUAAAACGGAGCUGGCCUGCGCUUUGGUGCAAAGCGCUGGCGUUUAUUGACGUACUUGACUUUAAAAACACAGACAUACUGGAAAAGUUGCACAAUAUUUUACUAGAAACAUUUGAAAUACAUGAGUGUUUGUGUGUGUGAGAGAGGGAAACACCCACAACAAUCAAAGCUUAAAAAUAAAAUAUUUAUUAAAAACAGAACCCACAAAAUGUUUAUUGUUCCAAAUUACACAAAAUUAGCUGAAUGUAUUAAUGAACUGAAUUAGGAAGAACAGACUCCUCAAGACAGUCAUGGAAUACAUUCCAGGUAUUGCUUUGCGUGUUUACUCAGAAGCAAGUGGCACUAAACUAAAGGGAGAUUACUUCCAAGUAAGAGUGCAUGAGUUAUUUUACAGACAGUGCAAUUUACGAUAGUUGUUGCUGCUUAACACUGGGGCAAACCAAAAAAACCCAUUUAUUUCUGUUAAUAAAGAUUGAGGAAAUGGGACCAGAACACUAAGCAGAUGUAUGGCGAAGUAGAUCGAAUCAGUAUCUUUACUACACCGCAGCAAGACAGGUUGGUAACUAGGGGUGGAGCAAUAGCAAUGAUAAUGUGAUUAAAAAAUAAUAAUAACACCAGACCCAAACCUGGAGCAGCCAAACACUUUCUGCAUUUAAGAAAUGAGGAAGGUAAAGGUAAAGGGACCCCUGACCAUUAGGUCCAGUCGUGGCCGACUCUGGGGUUGUGGCGCUCAUCUCACUCUACUGGCCAAGGGAGCCGGUGUACAGCUUCCGGGUCAUGUGGCCAGCCUGACUAAGCCGCUUCUGGCGAACCAGAGCAGCGCAUGGAAACGCCUUUUACCUUCCCGCCGGAGCGGUACCUGUUUAUCUACUUGCACUUUGACGUGCUUUCAAACUGCUAGGUUGGCAGGAGCUGGGACGGAACAAUGGGAGCUCACCCCGUCGUGGGGAUUCGAACCGCCGACCUUCUGAUUGGCAAGCCCUAGGCUCUGUGGUUUAACCCACAGCGCCACCCACAUCCUAAGAAAUGAGGAAACAGACGGUCUAAUUGGUUAUUAGUAUAGGCUUAGGGAUUCAGGGGCGCUGAAUGGGGGACGAGACCCCCCCCCAUUUUCAAGGAGGGUGCUGGGGUCCCUCAGUAUUUUGUGGCCACAACGUGCCCCGCCAGGUCUACCUGCCACCGUGAUGGGCCUUGGGCCUCCCUCCACCAUGUGACAUCACACACGUGUGUCGGGGGGCCCCCAGCGUUGGGCGGAACCCGGCACGUAUGUCGGCGCUGUCCGCACCUCUGCUUUCCCCAUGCCUAAAAGCACAGGUCCAGGCGGUUUCCCAUUUGCCGCCCGGCACUUUCCCCAGGAAAACCCAGUUGGCAUUUGGUCCGAUUCAGCGAUAUGGUGCUGGUUUUCCAAGGAGAGAGGCAAACUGGAGUGUGGAUGAGCCCUCAGUUCCCAAACUUGUGUCUGGGCUGGACCUCACUAGAUGGAAAGUGGGCGCUCUCAGAAUUUUUAAUCUUUAUAGAUGACUAGCGUGUCAGGGAUGGUUUUUCCCUCCUAAAAAGUAAGGGGAAAUGUGUGUGCAUCUUAUGGAGCGAACGCAGGCUGCGCAGCUAUCCCAGAAGUCAGAACAGCAAGAGGCAUCGCUGCUUUUGCUGCGCAGCGAUCCCUCUUGCUGUUCUGGCUUCUGGGAUUCAGAAUAUUUUUUUUCUGGUUUUCCUCCUCCAAAAACUAUGUGCGUCUUAUAGAGCGAAAAAUAUGGUAGUUCUUUCCUCCCCAGCAUAAGUUUAUAUAGUUUUGAUGUUUUAAAUCCAGCUUAUGAGUCUCUGAACGGUUCAACCCAGAAAGAAACCGCCGUUUCAGGCAGAACCAGGCCAUUGCUUCUUGAUUUGCAAUGAGGGGUAGUCACCUGAGUUUUACUCUCUGCGGUGGUUCCCCAUCUGUGGAAUGCUCCCCCUGGGGAAGUUCGCCUGGCACCUUCAUUAUACACCUUUAGGCGCCAGGCAAAAACAUUCCUUUUUAACCAGGCCUUUGGGUGAUCUGAUUUAUAUCCUAUGCUCUUUUAAAAUGUGAUUUUUUUGGGGGGGGGGGGGUUUGCUAUUGGGCUGUUGUUUUUAUUUUUAUUAGUUAUUUUGUGGUUUUAUAUCAUGAUUUUAUUCUGUGAACAGCCCUGAGACCCCCCGGCAGUAUAUAAAUUCAAUCAAUCAACAAAAAUAAGACUCAAGAGGAAACCCAUUGAAAUCAAUAAGCCUAACGAAGGGUUCAUCCACACGGUCUUUUGUGAAUAGUUUCUAGGCCCAGGUCCAAGUGAUUGUGUGUGUGUUUUGUCCUGACACUUUCUCCAGGAAAACCCACUUUUUACUGCUGUAUUGGAGUGAACGGCAAUUGGGUUCCCCACAGAUUGACAUUUGCUCCGAAUCAAUGGUAAAAUGGCAAGGCGAUAGCCUUCCAGUUUGGUCGCCAUCACAUCCUCCCGUGAGCUGAAUGAAGAUGUCCAUUAUUUUUUGCACUUUUGAUUCCUCUAGCAUUCAACUUUGCUUCUUGUCCAUGAGUUCUGGCGUUGUAAGAGGGAGAAAAAGUUUUGUCUGUCUACAUUGGUGUUUUCCAAACUCUACUCCCCAGCUGUUUUCUGGACUACAACUCCAAUCAUCCCUAGUUGGCAAGACCAGUGGUCAGGGAUGAUGGGAAUUGUAGUCUGAAAAAAACAGAUGGAGACCCACGUUUGGGAAACCCUGGUCUAUAUCCUUUACUUGACUCUUCAAAGAGAGCACCACCCCAUCCAAAAGAGGCUGGAUCGCAGAUUCUAGACCAGCUGCUCUCCAGGAGAGUGAUAACCUCUGCAUUGUGCACAGAUCCUGUUCACAUCUCUUCUGUUCUGGCACAUAAGAAGAUGAUGGUUCUCAGUUCCGCAAAUCCAAUAUCUAACUUCACCCCUGGCUUCCACCACAGUGUUAAAUACUAAGCCAUGUGGUUGGCGCUGUGGUCUAAACCACUGAGCCUCUAGGGCUUGCCGGUCAGAAGGUCAGCAGUUCGAAUCCCCGCGACGGGGUGAGCUCCCGUUGCUCUGUCCCAGCUCCUGCCAACCUGGCAGUUCGAAAGCACGCCAGUACAUGUAGAUAAAUAGGUACCACUGCGACGGGAAGGUAAACAGCGUUUCCAUGCGCUCUGGUUUCUGUCACGGUGUUCCAUUGCACCAGAAGCAGUUUAGUCCUGCUGGCCACAUGACCCGGAAUGCUGUCUGUGGACAAACGCCGGCUCCCUCGGCCUGAAAGCAAGAUGAGCGCCGCACCCCAUAGUCGCCUUUGACUGGACUUAACCAUCCAGGGGUCCUUUACCUUUACUUUUUUUACUAACGCAUGGGCUUUAAUCGUCCCAGAGAAAUAGACAACAACAAAACUUGCAGAGUCAAGAGGCCUUUCAGAAUUCCUUCUAUCCUCCUGUUCCACGUUUUUUGCUCCAGGUUGGUUUCCCAGGUAUUAAGUCUAAUGUAGUCCCAGGCAAAGAGCCAGGCAGAGCCAUUGUCAUUAUUAAUUAAUGGCUAAGUUGCUGCAAAUGGCCACAUUGCAGAUUAACUUUUUUUUUUAAGAGGGGGGAGGGAAGAAUUGGGUCGGUCAAAGCUGAAAUAUAACAAAGACUUCUGUCCUGAAGGAGUGAUUAAGCUAAAGCUUUGCUUUCUAGCCUGAUUUGCCUGAUAAUCUGGUUGUUCUAUAAACGCUCCCCAAGAGAAAGGAAGGAAUUCUCUGCGUCAGCUCCCAGCGGUGCUCGCUUGGGCCGGGGGGUUCUGCAAAAUGACUUUCUUCCAUUCUUAGGCACGGCAGAAACUACCCCGAAGGCCUUCUGUGGACCUGGGAGCAAUUGGUGUUUUGCAGAAAAUCUAGUUAUUGCCCAGGACCAGAAACAGGUGGUGCAGGAGUGCUUAAUUCCAUGCAUCCACCACCAGUCACUGAACGACCACAUGCACAACGUUCUUUUAAAGCGCUAUGAUUCCACUUUAAACAGUCAUGGCUACCCGCAAAGAAUUCUGGGAGCUGUAGUUUAAGCACCCUAAGAGUUGCUAGGGAAGACCCCCCCCCCUUCCUGGUUCCUUUCACAGAGCUACAAUUCUCAGUCGCUCUUCAUGGGGAACUCUGGGAAUUUUAGCUCUGAGUAGGAUGGGGCCUGCUAGCAACUCUCGGCACCUUUAACCAAAGCUACAGCUCUCAGAAUUAUUUGGGUGAAGCCAUGACUGUUUAAAGUGGAAUCAUAGCGCUUUAAAAGAACGUUGUGCAUGUGGUCGUUCAGUGGUAAAGGUAAAGGGGACCCUGACCAUUAGGUCCAGUCGUGGCCGGCUCUGGGGUUGUGGCACUCAUCUCGCUUUAUUGGUCGAGGGAGCUGGCGUACAGCUUCCAGGUCAUGUGGUCAGCAUGACUAAGCCGCUUCUGGCGAACCAGAGCAGUGCACGGAAAUGUCGUUUACCUUCCCGCUGGAGCGUUACCUAUUUAUCUACUUGCACUUUGACGUGCUUUCGAACUGCUAGGUUGGCAGGAGCUGGGACUGAGCAACGGGAGCUCACCCCGUCGCGGGGAUUCGAACCGCCGACCUUCUGAUCGGCAAGUCCUAGGCUCUGUGGUUUAACCCACAGCUCUAGUGCUUUAAAUUUAUGGUGUGCAUCUGGUUCGAAGCUGAUGCAUUGAUAUAAGCAUCCUGCAGUUAAAGCUGCUCUUGUGUCUUGAAUUGGGAAGGGGAGGAGAUGGCUUCCAAUAGGAACCUGGCUUAACGCUCAUCGUUUUAUAGGAAAGACCACUUAAAUGAUUCAUACCGAGAAUUUAGAUAAGGCUCACGUUUCCCUGUUUAGCACAGUUUCCCCAUUAAUAAGGAAAAUUGGAAAUUUAUCACUCAGAUCUCCUCAUUAAAACCCGCUCCCUCUCCCCUUUCUCAUCAUGAAAAUGAGAAAAGAAGCAAAAGAGAAGAAUCCUCUGCAUGGAGGGUCUUUGCAAGGCCUAACAGAGAAAUCAUGAUUAUUCACUUUUUCUGUAUUUGCACUUGGGCUGAGCGCAUCUCCCCGAAUUCAUUAAUGGGGGAGCUUUAACCUCAGCGGCUGUUGAAUUGCUGCUAUUCCUGGGCUGGGGAAUCUGUGGCCCUCCAGACCUUUGCUGGACUUCAGUUCCCAGCAUCCUUGACUGCUGGCCAGGCAGGCUGGGGUUGAUGGGAGUUGGAGUCCAGUGACAUGUGGAGGCCUGCAGGUUCUCCAAGCCUGUGCUAAUCAUGUACAUUUGGAAACAACUGGAACAUGGCAGCUAGAGUGGUGAUUGGGAGUGGCUGCUGAGACCAUAUAACACCGGUCCUGAAAGGCCUACAUUGGCUCCCAGUACAUUUCAGGGCACAAUUCAAAGUGUUGGUGCGGACCUUUAAAGCGCUAAAUGGCCUCGGUCCAGUCUAUCUGAAGGAGCGUCUCUCCCCCCCCCCCAUUUUUCUGCCCGGACAGUGAGGUCCAGCUCCAAGGGCCUUCUGGUGGUUCCUUCACUGUGAGAAGAGAAGUUACAGGGAACCAAGUAGAGGGCCUUCUCGGUGGCGGCGCCCGCCCUGUGGAACGCUCUCCCACCAGAUGUCAAGGAAAUAAACAACUAUCUGACUUUUGGAAGACAUCUGAAGGCAGCCCAGUUUGAUGUUUUACUGUGUUUUUAAUAUUCUGUUGGGAGCUGCCCAGAGUGGCUGGGGAAACACAGCCAGAUGGGUGGGGUAUAUUAUAAUAAUAAUAAUAAUAAUAAUAAUAAUAAUAAUAAUAAUAAUUACACAGGAAUUGGCUUCCUACUCUUGAAGAGGCAGGAUCAGGCAGCUUUUUUAUAUAGCAGGUGACAGCUGCAACCCAAGUCUUCCUUCUGUCAAGCUCCGUUCUCACGUCGAGCAAUCGGCCUGCUUGAUCGUGUCCUUUCUCCUUUGCUUUUAGCCAUGGCAGAUUCAUAUUCCUACAGAGGUGGAAAGAAAGUGGCUGGAUCUAGCAAGACCAGCGCAGACAAAGACAGCAGCAAGGCAGAGAUGAAGAUAAACCCGGCGUAUGAGCAGUCGAGGCUUGGUGAGUAAGCGGACCACCUUUUCCAGCUACAAUGGGAAGGGCUUCGUUUGAAUUAAGAGAAGCGCCAUUGGCUAGGGAAACCAAAACUGGGCCCUCAAUAUGUUGUUGGGCUACAACUCUUGACGUUACCAAUGGUCCGGGGUGAUGGGAGUCUGAAACGCGGAAGGUGUCUUCCUGGCUACCUGUUUCCCGGCAGUGCAAGGAAAUAAAUACAGUGGUACCUCGGGUUACAGACGCUUCAGGUUACAGACUCCGCUAACCCAGAAAUAGUACCUCGGGUUAAGAACUUUGCUUCAGGGUGAGAACAGAAAUCGCGCGGCGGCAGCGGGAGGCCCCAUUAGCUAAAGUGGUGCUUCAGGUUAAGAACAGUUUCAGGUUAAGAACGGACCUCCGGAAUGAAUUAAGUUCUUAACCCGAGGUACCACUGUAGCUAGGAAGCACAUACAGGUCAGGGUACUUGAUAAAUUAACGCUUUGGUUAAAUAAAAGGUACAGUCAUACCUCAUGUUAUGUUUGCUUCAGGUUGAGCGUUUUCAGGUUGCGUCCCGCGGUGACCUGGAAGUAACGGAACGGGUUACUUCUGGGUUUCGCCACUCGCGCAUGCGCAGACAUGCAAAAUCAUGCGCAGAAGCGGCAAAUCACAACCCGUGCAUGCGCAGAUGCGGGUUGCGUUCUGUUCAGGUUGCAAACGGUCCUCCGGAACAGAUCCCAUGUUCAACCAGAGGUACCACUGUAUUCCAUUGCCUACCAGCAAAUGUUGUCCCCCACUGAAACAAAACCCAGUACUUUGGAAUAGCAACUCAGAUUGGAAAUGGCCGUUCUCAAGUUUUUUGAACUUUGACGAGUUGAGAACACAGUUGGCUUCCAAUAUCGGGGGUGGUUCCUGCUCAAGUUGCCAUUGCCCUUAUUCAGCAAACUGUCUGAACUUCCACAAUCUAAAUUGGUUAGGCUGUUGCCUUCCGUUCAAAACGUACUCAUAGAAUCGCGGAAGGGGCAUCCAAGGGUCAUCUAGUUCAACCCAGGCCAUGCAGGGAUCUCAGCCACCCAACCUUUCUGUGCGGCAUUAACAACAUUGCACGUGGGAACAACAAGCAGCCUAGGCAGGGUCGAAAGAGAUGCUUUCUGCUCGUAUGAAAGCACAUCCGACCAACAUUAUAGGUCUGGUAGGUCUUUUUCGUUUUCAAGUUUACAAGAACGCGCUGCGGAAAGGGCACUAAACAACGCAAGUGAGCAAGAAUGCAGUGCAGAUUCAGUAGCCUGUGCUAGUUAGCUAGAACACUCUGCAUAUAGUGUGCAGAGUGUUUGAGGACCGGGACAUUUGCAGGGAAACCAAAAUGCUUGUUUACAAAGCUAUUGUACUACCAACCUUGACUCUAUGCUUGUGAAACAUGGACCACUUAUAAACACCAUCUCCAACUCCUCAAAAGAUUCCAUCGGUGGAGUCUCCAAAAAAUUUUGCACAUCACUUGGGAAGACAGGCAAACUAAUGCCAGUAUACUGGAAGAAGCAAAGAUCACCAGUGUUGAAGCAAUGAUUCUUCAACAUCAACUUUGUUGGACUGGUCAUGUUGUGCGGAUGCCUGAUUGUCGUCUUCCAAAGCAACCGCUCUAUUUCGAACUCAGAAAUAGAAAGCGUAAUACUGGUGGUCAACAAAAGACGUUUAAAGACUCUCUCAAGACAAAUCUUUUAAAAAUGCAGUAUAAACACUGCCAAUUGGGAAACACUAGCCUGUGAGCGCUCCAAUAGGAGAAUAGCCUUUACCAAAGGUGUCAUGGGCUUCGAAGACGCUUGAACUCAGGACAAAAGGGAGAAACGUGCUAAGAAGAAAGCAUGCUUGGCAAACCUUCACCGUGAUUAACUCUCGCACAGAAACCUAUAUCCUCACUGUGGAAGGACGUGUGGAUCCAGAAUUGGCCUCCACAGUUACUACUGACUCCCUGUUAAAACUGUGUUCAUGGAAGACAGUCUUACUCAGCUGCGAGUUAUCGCCAAAGAAGAAGUGUGCUCAGCGCCAAGUCUUCUUUGUCAUGCAGUAGAAAGCAUUUUAAAUCAGUGGACAUCCAACAAAAUGUAAGAUGGACGGAUGUAUUAAUUCAAUCCACCAUGUCAUUCUUCCCCAUUCUGUUUGCAGGAAAUGCAACUAAUGAUAAAACGGAAGGCAAAAGGAAAGGGAGGCCGAAGGCAGACAGCCAGGCCCUGAAGGAUAUUCCGGUAAGAUUUUAAUCGUAUUUCAUUUCUUUUCUUGGGAACUGGGGAAAAGGAAGUAGAGGCAGGAUAGGACAAGCUUGGUGCAUUUGAGCGCAGGAGGGGGCCUGAUUCUGUUCCCAGGUCUUUUCUCUGGGAAGCCUUUGAUUUGAUGUGAGAUACUGGGGUUUGUGUGUUCAGAAAUUUUGCUUUCAUUUCUCUUGCAUUAAGUGAGUCUUUUCCCCUCCCCUCUGCUCCUAUAUCACAGCUGCCUCUGAUGAACCAGUGGAAAGAAGAGUUCAAGGCCCACUCCAGGGUAAAAUGCCCCAACUCGGGCUGUUGGCUCGAAUUCCCCAGCAUCUAUGGCCUGAAGUACCACUACCAGCGCUGUCAAGGGGUAAGGAGGAUGGAGGUGUGUGUUCUGAUUUGGUAACCCAUAUUUACCACUUGUGUUACUGUCUGUGCCAAAUGUGGCCCCUCUUCACACUGCUUUGACCCUGCCAGAGCUUGGCUGUCUUAAUUUAUAUCAUGGGUAGGCAAACUAAGGCCCGGGGGCCGGAUCCGGCCCAAUCGCCUUCUAAAUCCGGCCCGCGGAUGGUCCGAAUCAGUGUGUUUUUACAUGAGUAGAAUGUGUGCCUUUAUUUAAAAUUCAUCUCUGCGUUAUUUGUGGGGCAUAAGAAUUCGUUCAUUGUUUUCCCCCCCAAAAUAUAAUCCGGCCCCCCGCAAGGUCUGAGGGACAGAGGACCCCUGCUGAAAAAGUUUGUUGACCCCUGAUUUAUAUGCAUACAGACACUUAGGGAAGUGGGAGAAGAAAUUCGAUUCAAUUAGCAUUUAAAAGGCAAACAUACCAAAUUUGCACCUUCCGAAACAAUGCAUGAAUCAAAAGGCAGCCAGCCUUUUUGCAAUGCAGUUCCCCGGCCCCAGUGUGCACAGGAAGGCAUCUUAGUUUUCAAAAAAAAUGUGCAAUGUCAGGGAAGAUUGCUUUGCAAAAAGGAGAAUUUGCACUAAAACGCUGAGGAAGUCAUAAGGACUUUAAAAAAAUAAUCACAAACUGAUGUGGAAAAUUGGAGGACUGAAUUUAAGAUUAGGAAAGAGAGAAACUCAAGAGAAACCAAAACAGAAAUAUUUCCCCAUCUCUGCACACCAACCCACAAGCCUUGGCCGUUUGGUCACUGUUAUUUUAACGCAGAAGUUGCAUUAUAAGAGCAAAUUACGAAUCUUGCCCGCUGUGGUUUCUGAUGUUGCUGCCACAAGGCGGUGUCAGGGAACUGCCAUCGGAGCUAGAGGCGGAGGGAAGGCUCCAGAGGGAUGCCGGGGAAGGUCCCAGUAGGGAAAGAGGCAGCCCAUCUGCUGGGGAAGGAAAUCAGCGUAACACCAGUGGAGAAGGGGGGCAGAUGGGGGAAUCGGAGAGGAGGCUCCAAGACUCCUUGCCGGAGACCAGCGGAGAGAGUACGGGUCCUCCGCUGCCCACACCCUCCCUGCGCAGAAGGCUUCCGCGCAGGGAGACUAGGCGGAGACUAGGCGUCAAAGAACUUUUGUGCUGGAAGAAGUUCAAGAAACGCCCACUGACGGAUUCUGCCAGCGACUGAGACAGCCACGAAGCUAGAGGCUGUCCAGUCAGAAAGGGUUCAACCAGGUAACCUAGCCAGGAGUGGCGGCAACUUACGCAUGAGCAACCCCUAAACCCAUUACAGGCGGGUUCUGAACUAACUAGCCAGUCAUUUGCCGUUUGGCUUCUAGUACCAUUUGAAGCCACAGAGGUAUUUAGAUUUUGCUGCCUUACAAUGUGCUAGAAAACCGGUCCAUCUAGUUCAGUAUUGUCUACCCAGACUGACAGCAGCUUGCCAGGGUUUCAGGCAGAGGACAGCCCUCCCUGGAGAUGCCUUGAAGACUAAAUUAGGCAUGUUCUGCUUGCAAAAGAGGUGCUCUGCCACUGAGCUACCCCUGUCCUCUAAUUCGCCUGCAUGUAGGAUACUUUGAUGUGCAUCUUCUUCCCUUAUGAAUUCCUCCCUGCUUCCCAAACAAAAAAUGCUUGGAAAAGCCUUGCUCCAGUUGCCAUCCAUUCAUAACUACUGCAAUGCACUCUAUGUGGGGCUGCCUUUGAAGGUGACCCGGAAACUACAACUAAUCCAGAAUGCGGCAGCUAGACUGGUGUCUGGGAGCGGUCGGCGAGACCACAUAACACCAGUCUUGAAAGACCUACACUGGCUCCCAGUACGUUUCCGAGCACAAUUCAAAGUGUUGGUGCUGACCUUUAAAGCCCUAAACGGCCUCGGCCCAGUAUACCUGAAGGAGCGUCUCCACCCCACCUCGUUCAGCCUGAGGUCCAGCGCCGAGGGCCUUCUGGCGGUUCCCUCACUGCAAAAAACCAAGUUACAGGGAACCAGGCAGUGGGCCUUCUCAGUGGUGGCACCCGCCCUGUGGAACACCCUCCCACCAGAUGUCAAAGAGAACAACAACUACCAGACUUUUAGAUGACAUCUGAAGGCAGCCCUGUUUAGGGAAGCUUUUAAUGUUUAAGGCAUUACUGUAUUUUAAUAUUGUGUUGGAAGCCGCCCAGAGUGGCUGGGGAAACCCAGCCAGACGGGCGGGGUAUAAAUAAUAAAUUAUUAUUAUUAUUAUUAAAUACAGGCGUCUCCCAGCCUGUGCAGGGCUUCAUUCCCGACAACCGCACGCAACCCGGGAUGUGUGCGAGUGGGGUUCUCCCCUGUUGCACCCUUGCCUCCUUUCAGUGCUGAAAAUGGCUAGCAUGUCUGCAGGAGCACGCAUGCAGCUCCUUUGCAAGUGGGGAGUUGCUUGUACACACACAGAGGAAAAGAGCUAGAGAUUCUGUUCCCACAGUGGCCAACCAGCUGCUUAUAGGAAGCCCACAACAAGGGACCUGAGGGCAGUAGCUCUCUCCCCCCUUGCGAUGCCUGCAUUAUACAGAGGCAUCCUGCCCUGCAACUUAACUUUCUCAGAUCCCGGAGAAGGACUUGGUCAGGAGCAACAUCAUAGUGGCUGCAAACCCCUCUUCCAAAGGAGACCUGAUGCGUCUCACUUUAUCGCGCCUUCGAAGAGCAAAGCUUCCCUGCUUAGACAAGUUUGGGCAAUUGUUUGAAGUGCGAAUUAACUUCUUCUGGGACACUGUUGUUUGCGCUCUUCUGCACUGUUCCGUUUACUUUGCAUUUAUGUUAUUUUGUCAAAUGCUUAUUGAUACGCUCCAAGUUGCUUUGAGCUUGGAAGGGAAAUCGUAGCCGGAGGAGCAGGAAGGAAAUGCCCAAACUUGCCUAAGCGGGGAAAUUUUUAGGAUUACAGUUCAGUAACAGGAGUUCCCAUUCAUACCUCUGGCCUGCAGGGUUUUGGGUUGAGUGAUGUUUAUACUGUGGAUUCUGUGAUCAUUCAGUACAAGUGAAGAAAUUGGUUUGUAUCCUAGGAAUGUCAGAUUUCAUGUUAUGGGGGGGGGGGGCAGAAAAACAUGCAAGACCUUAAGCUUAAAUUAAAUGUCCAUGCCUUAAAGUUUGGGGGCAAUGUCUGAUAAAUAGAAGAGAAUCCAGCUUGUGGGACUACUGACAAUGAAUUACUCAACAUAAGCACAGCGUAUUUAUUUGCUUUUUAAUUCAUUAACUACCUACACAGUCCAUGUGGAUACAUACCAAAUGUGUUUCAUUUGCAUAGCUCCAGGCAGAUUGUGAAGUUCAGAUGUUUUGGCAGAGAAUUUGGGUUACCAUGGCGCAGGGGUGGAUAGGGAGAGGUUUGCAAGGACACAGCGUGCAGCCAAUGAACUGAUCAUUCAUUAGAUAUAUGUUGCAGGCCUCCUGACAUUUUAAAAAUUUAGAAAGGUGAUCCUGAUUGACAAAGCAGCAGUGUGUGUGUGUGUGUGCACUUUUGAAUUGUUAUUUAUAUUUUAAUAUCCUUGCAAACUCAGAGGAGGCAAUCUCCCUUUCCCCCUCUUUCACAGGAAUAUAAGAAACUGCUUUAUCCCAGGUCAGAUCAUUGGUCCAUCUUUUAAGUGCCCCACACAAGAAAUAAUAAUAAUAAUAAUAAUAAUAUAUUUAUGCCCCAUCCAUCUGGCUGGGUUUCCCUAGCCGCUCUGGGCAGCUCCCAACAGAAUAUUAAAAACACAAUAAAAUAUCAAACAUUAAAAACUUCCCUAAACAGGGCUGCCUUCAGAUGUCUUCUAAAAGUCAGAUAGUUGUUUAUUUCCUUGACAUCUGAUGGGAGGGUGUUCCACAGGGCGGGCGCCACUGCCGAGAAGGCCCUCUGCCUGGUUCCCUGUAACUUGGCUUCUCACAGCGAGGGAACCACCAGAAGGCCCUCGGCGCUGGACCUCAGUGUCCGGGCAGAACGAUGGGGGUGGAGACGCUCCUUCAGGUCUACUGGGCCGAGGCCAUUUAGGGCUUUAAAGGUCAGCACCAACACUUUGAAUUGUGCUCGGAAACGUACUGGGAGCCAAUGUAGGUCUUUCAGGACUGGUGUUAUGUGGUCUUGGCGGCCGCUCCCAGUCACCAGUCUAGCUUCCGCAUUCUGGAUUAAUUGUACUUUCCAGGUAAAACAGAGAGAGAAUGCUAUGACGUAUUUUGUUCCGAUGCGAAUGUAUGUAGAUGCAAUGUCUUAAAAGUCAUAUGCUUAGUUAGAAUCGUGGAACUGUAGAGUGGUAAGGGACCCAAACUUGACUCUUGGGUUGCCCUCGUUUUUAAGCACAGCCCUUCCUUCUCCCUCUCCCUCCUUCUUCCAGGGCGCUGUCGUGGAGAAGCGGACUUUCUCGUGCCCGUUCUGCGAAGCCGCCUUCACGUCCAAAACCCAGCUGGAAAAGCACCGCCUCUGGAACCAUCUCGACCGGCCGUUGCCGGCUGCUGCUGCCCCGGUGGAAAACAGGUCUCCGAAAGUCUCCGGCAAGGGCAAGAAAAGGUACUGGCCUGAAGUCUUUGAGGCAGGGAAGAGGGAAAGCUCCCCGACCCCGUGGGUUUUGGGAUGGAAGGAGGGGGUCAGGCGUGAGAGGCCCCGAUGUCUUAAACCCCGCUUUAAACCAGCCCUCUAUGCUUUGCCCUAGAGCUGCCGAGGGUUCAGCUUCCCUCACCAUCCAUCCCAAACAGGCAAAGGUGGAGAAGGUCGUUGCCCUGCACCGCCCCGAGAACGGAGAAUGCGCGGCCGUGAGCCCAGGCAGCAAAGACUUCCAGACCAGGGCGGCCGCCAUGCCUGGCGCUCAGCUGUCGGGCGGCAAAAGCUCCAAGCAUCAGUCGAGCAGGCAGGCCUCUGAGCAGGAGGAAGACCCCGAGAGGAUGAAGCACAGUAAGACUAGAACAGCGACUCCCGUCCACCCCAAGUCCCGGGUUUCCCCUGCCCAGUUUAAGAUUUGAAGCAUGCGCUACGGUAUUCGUGGUAGAAGUUUGUGAAAUCAAGCAGAAUCUUAGAGCUGCAAACGGGCCCGAGGGUCAUAAGGUCCAACCCCUUGAAAUUGAAGUACAGUGGUACCUCAGGUUACAUACACUUCAGGUUACAGACUCCGCUAACCCAGAAAUAGUGCUUCAGGUUAAGAACUUUGCUUCAGGAUGAGAACAGAAAUCGUGCUGCGGCGGCAGCAGGAGGCCCCAUUAGCUAAAGUGGUGCUUCAGGUUAAGAACAGUUUCAGGUUAAGUACGGACCUCCGGAACGAAUUAAGUACUUAACCUGAGGUACCACUGUACUUACUUGUCACUUGUACAACUUGUAUAGAGUGAGAUUACACGAGCACCCCCCACUCAGCUCUCUUAGCCUUAAUUCCCCUCGUUUACUGAUGCACACCCAACAAACCCAAAAGUCAGUUGCCCUGUUGUUAUUUUUUCACUCAGCACCUUAACAGCCCAUGGAUAGAAGCUCUUCUUUACCCUGUUGGUGUGACCAAUCAUGCUUCUAUAUCUUCUGCUCGAGGGCAGGAGAUCAAGAAAGUGCCGGCCAGGGCGUGAAUCAUCCCCGAUAAUUUUCCUCACUCUCCUGAGGCAACGUUCUUCCGCUAUUUCAUCCAGCGGAUUCGCGGGACAGCCCAUAAUAUCUUGUGCUGUAUUCACCACCCUCUGUAGGCACUUCCUAUCAGUUGAUGUCAAAUCAGCGUACCACACCGUGAUGCAGUAUGAAAGGACACUUUCUAUUGUUGACUGGUAGAAGGAGAUCAUCAGAUGUUGUUUGACAUCAUUCUUCCUCAAUACUCUGAGGAGAUGGAGUCUCUGUUGGGCUUUCUUAACCACCGGGGUUGUAUUGAUUUUCCAAGAAAGAUCUUCACUGAGAUAAACUUCUAGGAAUUUAAAGGAAGAGUUUAUCUCAGUGAAGACUUACUUGGAAAAUAAAUGCAGGAAUCUCAUCUAAAGCAUCCAUGUCAGAUGGCCUCUGCUUCCAUCCAACCUCUGCUUAAAAUUCUCCAAGGAAAAGGGAGUCUGUUCCACGGCUGAACACCUCUUACUAUCAGAAUGUUCUUCCUGAUGUUGGAAUCUCCUUACAGUCAUAUCUCGAGUUGCGUUUGUUUCACGUUGCGUUUUUUCAGGUUAACGAACGCGGCAAACCUGGAAGUGUUUACUUCUGGGUUCGUCGCUCCGUGCAUGCGCAGGAGCGAUCUGUGCGCUUCGUGCAUGCGCAGGAGCACUCUUAUCGUGUCACGCACAGAAGUGGUGCUCUACUUACGGACUUUUUGGGGUGCAAACGGCACCCCGGAAUGGAUUGUGUGCAUAAGUAGAGGUACCACUGUGCUUGUAACUUGAAGCCAUUGGUUCGAGUCCUCCCCUCCAGAGCAGGAGAAAACAAGCUUGCUCCAUCUUCCAUGGGGAAACUCUUUAGAUAUCUGAAGAUGGCUCUCCUUUCUCCCCCCAGUCUCCUCUUUUCCAGGCUAAACACACCCAGCUCCUUCAACCACUCCUCAUAAGGCUUAGUUUCCAGACCCUUGGUCACCUUGGUUGCCCUCUUUGCCAUGGCAUGGAGAAAGAGGCUACAGAAAAGCUCUUCUCCUCCUCUCGUAACACUAGAAAUCGUGGGCAUCUUUAAUGCUGGAGGAUUCAGGACAGAUGGAAGGAAGGACUUCUUCCCACAGCCCAUAGCUAAACUCUGGAACUGAACGCCGCAGGAGACAGGGAUGGCCACCGAAAGGGCUGCCACAAAAUUUAUCACAAGACAUGGCACACGUGCACCAUUUGAAUGCCCCCCCCAUGCAUUUGAAGAGCGCUAUUGAAUCUUCAUCUCAUUCUUCUGUUCUCCGAGUUAAACAUGCCCAAUUUCUUCGUUCUUUCCUCAUAGGACUAGUUUUCCAUGGCUGUUCCUGCUGUUGCUUGAAAAAGUGUGUUUCUAGUUCUCAUGACUGUGGGGAUAGGCUUGGAAGCCUAUGCGCAGUGAGAAGCCAGGGGGGACAAAAGCCAAGCAGGGCUUUCUUUUCUGUGUUCCGGAAUAAGAUUUCAGCCCUGUGCUUAUUCCCUGGGGAGUGAAGCAGCAGAAUAAAUUAGGCAAAAAAGGGGCUUCACUGAAAUGCUGAGUUGCUCUAUGUAGACAGGGGUGUUGCACUCUGAGCUUACCGUGCAGGUGUUUGACCAAGUUUUUAUUUCUGUUUUCUCCUUUUUGAGUUAGGAAGGAAACAGAAAACUCCUAAGAAAUUUACUGGAGAGCAGCCGUCCAUCUCCGGAACAUUUGGACUGAAAGGUAAAUGACGAGUCAUAUGCGUUCCUGUUCUUGGGAAGUAUUUUGUAGAGUAUUUCGAAUUUCCUGCCUCAGUUUCAUGGAGAGCCCUUUGUGUGUUGCAGAGGAUUCUGGGAAAUAUUAUAGGCCGUUGCCUUUGGUUUAAGCAGGGCACACACCACCACUUGGAGCUGCUGUUACCUGGCAUGAAGCGAGAGCACAUCCUGAAAUAUGUAUUUCAGGAGAACAUCAGCCGUGACGGGCAAAAUAUCUUUGCAAGAAGUUUGUCCAACAUUGCUACAGUUAUCACAGGGAGACCUUGGGCUCAUGCAGCACAUAAUUAAACUAUGGAACUAUGGAUAUGUAUAAUUUUAUAAUAUGCAGAGGAAGUAUGUGAAGAGAAAUCAGGGAGAGAAGCUGAGGGAAGUCCUUGGUUUGGGGGGGGAGAAAUAAUGUAUGUGAUUAUAUGGUUUGAUAAUUUGUUAUGUGGAAAUUGAUCAAUAAAAAAUGUUUUUUUAAAAAAACAAACAAACUAUGGAACCCACCAACACAAAAUGUGACAAUGGCUUCACUAGGGGAUUAGACAACUUCAUGGAGGGGGUUAAGAACGGCAACUAGUCCUUGUGACUUUGGCUACCUCCACACGGUAGUUUAUUCCAUUUUCACGCCGUUUCCCUAACUGUUGAUUUUCACAUUUGUUGUUGUUGUUUAGUCGUUUAGUCGUGUCCAACUCUUUGUGACCCCAUGGACCAGAGCACGCCAGGCACUCCUGUCCUCCACUGCCUCCCACAGUUUGGUCAAACUCAUGCUGGUAGCUUCGAGAACACUGUCCAACCAUCUCAUCCUCUGUCAUCCCCUUCUCCUUGUGCCCUCCAUCUUUCCCAGCAUUUUGGAUGUACAUUUCCAAAAUAUAAGAUAACAAACAAAUAAAAUAAAACCUACAUACAGCAACCGUGUUUUGUGUUGUGUAGGCUCCUAGGAUGUAAGUCAUGGGCCCCGCCUGCUAGCCUGCUCCCUAAAAUAUCCCUGGUUUGCUCAUUUCUAUAUAUAGGGUGCCUACAUUCUGCAUGGACUGGUUGCACGGCAACACAUGCAAAUGGCUUUAGAUACCUAUCAGGUCCAUAAAUUACCAUAUAGCAUAUAUUCAACACAAAAAACAGCGGCAAUUUGUUGUUGAAAAAGGACAGCUGGACAUAUAAAGUGCCCCAUUACCUUCAGUAGCUUAGGGCCUCAUCAAACCUAAAUCCGGCCCUGCAGCUGGGGUAGAGGAAGGCGCCCAGCUGUCAAAGGCUCGAGUCGGGUGCAUGUCAGCAGCAAGAAAUAAUAAAUCUCCGAAGGCCAGUGGAAUUAAAAACUUAUUCAAGGAGGUCUUGCCUCAAUGACGCUGUUAUGAGGACUGAAAGUCUUGACCUUCUUCUAUCUGACAGACCUUCAAGUAUUUGUUGCUGUUGUUGUUUAGUCGUGUCCAACUCUUCAUGACCCCAUGGACCAGACCACGCCAGGCACUCCUGUCUUCCACUGCCUCCCGCAGUUUGGUCAAACUCAUGCUGGUAGCUUCGAGAACACUGUCCAACCAUCUCAUCCUCUGUCGUCCCCUUCUCCUUCUGCCCUCCAUCUUUCCCAGCAUCAGGGUCUUUUCCAGGAGUCUUCUCUUCUCAUGAGGUGGCCAAAGUCUUGGAGCCUCAGCUUCAGGAUCUGUCCUUCCAGUGAGCACUCAGGGCUGAUUUCCUUAAGAAUGGAUAGGUUUGGUCUUCUUGCAGUCCAUGGGACUCUCAAGAGUCUCCUCCAGCACCAUAAUUCAAAAGCAUCAAUUCUUCGGCGAUCAGCCUUCUUUAUGGUCCAGCUCUCACUUCCAUACAUCACUACUGGGAAAACCAUAGCUUUUACUAUACGGAUGUUUGUUGGCAAGGUGAUGUCUCUGCUUUUUAAGAUGCUGUCUAGGUUUGUCACUGCUUUUCUCCCAAGAAGCAGGCGUCUUUUAAUUUCGUGGCUGCUGUCACCAUCUGCAGUGAUCAUGGAGCCCAAGAAAGUAAAAUGUCUCACUGCCUCCAUUUCUUCCCCUUCUAUUUACCAGGAGGUGAUGGGACCAGUGGCCAUGAUCUUCGGUUUUUUGAUGUUGAGCUUCAGACUAUAUUUUGCGCUCUCCUCUUUCACCCUCAUUAAAAGGUUCUUUAAUUCCUCCUCACUCUCUGCCAUCAAGGUUGUGUCAUCUGCAUAUCUGAGGUUGUUGAUAUUUCUUCUGGCUAUCUUAAUUUGGGCUUGGGAUUCAUCCAGCCCAGCUUUUCACAUGAUGAAUUCUGCUUCUAAGUUAAAUAAGCAGGGAGACAAUAUACAGCCUUACCAUACUCCUUUCCCAGUUUUGAACCAAUCAGUUGUUCCAUAUCCAGUUCUAACUGUAGCUUCUUGUCCCACAUAGAGAUUUCUCAGGAGACAGAUGAGGUGAUCAGGCACUCCCAUUUCUGAUUUUCACAUUAUAUUGGCACUCACUUCCACAUUAUUUGCAAAUGAAUUCCCUCCCCUCCUCCCCAGAAGCAAAUAACACGGAAAUGAGCGCUAAGCUUGCACCUACGUUCCAUUAUUGUUCCAGAAGGAGCUUUUUCCCCCAUGUGAAAGCUCAAACAAAAUGUAGAACAUAACCGUCGGGGGAAAGUCUAGAUUAGGUUAGAUUACUGAAAUGUGUUAUACGUGGGGCUGCCUCUCAAGGCUGUUUGGAAAGUCCCGCUGGUGCAGAAUUCACUGGGAAGACAGUUUGAGCAUAUUACACAGAUCCUGGCUCAACUGCGCUGGCUGCCAAUUAGUUUCUAGGUCCAAUUCAAAGUGCUGGAUAUGACCUAUAAAAACUUAAAACUGCUCGGGACCUCAAGGACCCCUUCUCCUCAUAUGAACCUGCUCAGACUCUGCGAUCAUCAUCUGAGACCCUUCUCUAUGUAUCGUUUUGAACAUGGGAUUGGUUGUUCCUGCCUGUUGUAGCAUAUCCAUGGAGCUGUCCAUGGAGACACAGGUCAAUUCUGUGUCCAGGGCAGCUGUUUACCAGCUCCAUCAGGUACGCAGGCUGACCCGACCUGUGCCUCACCAUAGUGGUGCAUGCUCUGGUUAUCUCCCGCUUGGACUACUGCAAUGCGCUCUACGUGGGGCUACCUUUGAAGGUGACCCGGAAUCUACAACUAAUCCAGAAUGCGGCAGCUAGGCUGGUGACUGGGAGCAGCCACCGAGACCACAUAACACCGGUCUUGAAAGACCUACACUGGCUCCCAGUACGUUUCCGAACACAAUUCAAAGUAUUGGUGCUGACCUUUAAAGCCCUAAACGGCCUCAGUCCAGUAUAUCUGAAGGAGCAUCUCCACCCCCAUCGUUCUGCCCAGACACUGAAGUCCAGCGCCGAGGGCCUUCUGGCAGUUUUCUCACUGCGAGAAGCCAAGUUACACGGAACCAGGCAGAGGGCCUUCUCAGUGGUGGCACCCGCCCUGUGGAACGCCCUCCCACAAAAUGUCAAAGAGAACAACAACUACCAGACUUUUAGAAGACAUCUGAAGGCAGCCCUAGUUAGGGAAGCUUUUAAUGUUUGAUGUAUUACGGUAUUUUAAUAUUUUGUUGAAAGCCGCCCAGAGUGGCUGGGGAAGCCCAGUCAGAUGGGCGGGGUAUAAAUAAUAAAUUACAGUGGUACCUCAGGUUACAUACGCUUCAGGUUACAGACUCCGCUAACCCAGAAGUAUUACCUCGGGUUAAGAGCUUUGCUUCAGGAUGAGAACAGAAAUCGUGCAGCGGCGGUGUGGCAGGCCCCAUUAGCUAAAGUGGUGCUUCAGGUUAAGAACAGUUUCAGGUUAAGAACGGACCUCUGGAAUGAAUUAAGUUCUUAACCCGAGGUACCACUGUAUUAUAUUAUUAUUAUUAUUAUUAUUAUUAUUAUUAUUAUUACUAUUAUCUGCCAUAUGAGCAACGCUAGGCCUGCUUUUCAGGAAGGAACCACUCAGCCUGUCCUCUUCCAAAAGCAAAAUCCUUCCUCUUCUCCAGGGCUGGCGAAAGCAGAGGACAAGGCGAAAGCACACCGGGCAAAGAAACUGGAGGCGUCUCUGAGCAGCGCCGGCAAUGAAGACCUGAAGAAGAAAACGCCGGGGUCCGGUGUGAGAAAGGAUGCGGUCCCGACAGCAGCAGCUCCUUCUGCAACAGGUUUGACCCUUUUCACAGAACCCUUUCCAUUCCGAGGGCCACAUUCCCUUCUGGGUGGGGCCACAGGCAAAGUGGGGAGAGCUGCAAUUGCAAACGUUUGCUUUGGACAGUAGGCUAGUUUCUCAACACGCACUCACACAUCCCUCACCGUCCCCCGUCCAGGCAAGCUAGAGUCACAGCCAGGGUUCAAGGACGCAGCUGAGACAGGCAGGAAUGCCAGAGGAGGGUGCGAGGCAGGAUUGGUGAGCAGUGUGGCCAAGGAAGGCUGUGGUGUAGUGGUUGAGAGCAGCAGACUCGUAAUCUGGGGAACUGGGUUCGCGUCCGCGCUCCUUCACACGCAGCUGCUGGGUGACCUUGGGCCAGUCACACUUCUCUGAAGUCUCUCAGCCCCACUCACCUCAUAGAGUGUUUGUUGUGGGGGAGGAAGGGAAAGGAGAAUGUUAGCUGCUUUGAGACUCCUUCAGGUAGUGAUAAAGCGGAAUAUCAAAUCCAAACUCCUCCUCCUCUUCUUCUUCUUCUUGUGUGGCUUGUGGAACUUGCUCCAACGUGACUUGGGGGUGGAGCGUCUGUUUGCAUGCAGGAGGUCCAGUGUUCAGCCCCUGGCUGGCGCUGGGGGAGCCGCUGCCCGCCAGUGCAAACAAUACUAAUCUAGAUGGACCAAUGGUUUCACUUGGCUGAAGGCAGUUUAUUUUGUCCCUAUCUUUCAAGCCAUUGUGGGGAAACCCGGUCAUUUGAACAAACAUGGUCUGUUCGCUGCACAAGAGGCGUGCAUUUUUGCUAUCGAAACUUGAGGGCUAUUUUUUAAAAAAAUAGUUAUUUAAGUUGUGUGUCCUUUGUUUCUCAGUUUGAUCCUUUUACAUGGCUUUGUAUGUUUUGUGGUGUUUUAUGCAUUGCGAUUUGCUGUUAUUUAUUAUAGAUUGGUGGCGCUGUGGGUUAAACCACAGAGCCUAGGAUUUGCCAAUCAGAAGGUUGGCGGUUCAAAUCCCCGCGAUGGGGUGAGCUCCCGUUGCUUGGUCCCUGCUCCUGCCAACCUAGCAGUUCAAAAGCACUUCAAAGCACAAGUAGAUCAAUAGGUACCACUCUGGCGGGAAGGGAAACGGCGUUUCUGUGCACUGCUCUGGUUCGCCAGAAGUGGCUUAGUCAUGCUGGCCACGUGACCCGGAAGCUGUACGCCGGCUCCCUUGGCCAAUAAAGCGAGAUGAGCGCCGCAACCCCAGAGUCGGUCACGACUGGACCUAACUGUCAGGGGUCCCUUUACCUUUACCUUAUUAUAGAUUGAUAAUUCAUUACUGUGGCUGAUAAGUGUUCAAUUAUUAUUUGCUGAUGUUUAAUGUUACUGUUUACUAUUAGAUUCUGAUGGAUUCCUGAAUGCUGCUUUGUUUUAUAUAAGUUGUUUGUUUUAAAGUUAUUGUGACUUUUUGUAUUGGAUUCUUACUAUUAAUGUUUGACGUUCUAUUACGUUUUUGUAUGUGUUGGAAGCCGCCCAGAGUGGCUGGGGAAACCCAACCAGAUGGGAAGGGUAUAAAUCAUAAAUUAUUAUUAUUAUUAAUUAUUAUUAUUAUUAUUAUUGUGCAACCCAGCCAGGUGGGCAGAGUAUGAAUAUAUUGUUGCUGUUGCUGUUGUUGCUGUUGCUGUUGUUUUAGUUGUUGUUGUUGUUAUUAUACUUUCCAGUGUUACCUUUUGAAAGUGCACUUUGUGGGUUAAUUUGAGCUGUCUUAAGUGUCCCUCAAACCACUCCUUUUGGCUCUUAAGACCCAGGCAAGUAGGUAUCUGGAGCCAGGGGAAAAACCUUGCUUCUCUGGGUAAUCUCUUCCUGGCUCAAGGAAGACAGCAUGUUCUGAGCAAAGCACAGCUGCAGCCUCUUACAGCUGAUCCACGUUCCCAGCUUUCGAGUCCCUGAUCGCCGAGUAAACAACUCAGCAGGCCUAGCCUGUUGCUCGCAGUGGGAGCGAAGCCAAGCCUAUGGCUGCUUGAGACUGCGGCUCGGCUCGGCCUCUUUUUGGCUGUGUUCCCUCACGGGGGGGUGGGGGGUGGCAUUUAGAUAAACACUGCAAGGAGUCCCGGAGCUCGUAGACAGAACCUAUGUUUGCUCAGAUGUCGCUGUGCUUCAGAAUGGAACUGUUGCCCAAGCCACGCUCCGUUUUCCCUUCCUGUGCAGUGAUGGUGUCGGCAGAGAUCGGGGAUUAUUGUUGUAGAUGCGUUUUGCGGGGAGGCGGCAAAAUCACGAUCCCACGCUUUUUAGUGCAUUUCCUCGUGACCUCCCGAACCGCAAGCAGCCCUCAAAAAGAAAAAGAGGCAUGUUGGAAAAGAGGAGCGAAAGACUUAACUUAGUAAAACCUCACUUGUUGUCACUUGAUCUAUUAUUCUUAUAUAUAUGUAUAUAUUCCUUUAUCUAUACGCAGGAGUUGGUAAAGGGACCGUUGAGGGAAUAAGGAUAUUUGUUUAAAAAGAUGGGUGCUAAUUAAAGAUAAGUUUGUAAUAUAAGCAGCGUGUAAUUGGGAAGAAAUGGAAACAUCUGAGAAAGAUAGUGGGAAGCCAGUUUUUGGGGGGACUUGUGUUCAAUUAGUUUUAACUUGGCAUUGACGGGUUAUAAAUUUGGAAAACGGAUAAAAAUUAAUUGGCACAAAAAAGGAAAAAUGUGAAUUAGUUGGACCGGAGGAAAUUGAGUUUCCAGUGCAUGCGAUCGAAUAGCAGCCCACCAAAUAGCGGAAGUCUAUAGGACACCCAGGAUUUAGCCCCAGACAAACUUCCGCUCUGUCUUUCCUCUUUCUCCAGCGAGCCCAGAAGAGCAGUGGCAGCGGGCGAUCAAUGAGAGAGGGGAGGUGGCUUGUCCGACCUGCAGCAUGAUCACCCGGAAGACGAUCCUUGGCCUCAAGAAGCACAUGGAAGUCUGCCAGAAGGUAGGAAGCCAAAAUUGGACGGGAUCAAACCACCGAGUACCAUGUCAACGAAUUGUUCUGGUAUCUGGCUGGGUUUCCCCAGCCACUCUGGGAGGCUCCCAGCAGAAUAUUAAAAACAUAAUGAAACAUUAAACAAUAAAAAAAUUCCCUAAACAGAGCUGCCUUCAGAUGUCUUCUAAAAGUCAGAUAGUUGUUUAUCUCCUUGACAUCUGAUGGGAGGGCGUUCCACAGGGUAGGUGCCACCACCGAGAAGGCCCUCUGUCUGGUUCCCUAUAACUUGGUUUCUUGCAGUGAGGGAACCUCCAGAAGGCCCUCGGAGCUGGACCUCAGUGUCUGGGCUGGAUGAUUGGGGUGGAGAUGCUCCUUCAGGUAUACAGGACCGAGGCCGUUUAGGGCUUUAAAGGUCAGCACCAACACUUUGAAUUGUGCUCGGAAACAUACUGGGAGCCAAUGUAGGUCUUUCAAGACUGGUGUUACGUGGUCUCGGCGGCCGCUCUCAGUCACCAGUCCAGUUGCUGCAUUCUGGAUUAGUUUCUGGGUCACCUUCAAAGGUAGCCCCACGUAGAGCGCAUUGCAGCAGUCCAAGCAGGAGAUAACUAGAGCAUGCACCACUCUGGUGAGACAGUCUGCGGUUAGCGAGGGUCUCAGCCUGCAUACCAGAUGGAGCUGGUAGACAGCCGCCCUGGACACAGAACUGACCUGUGCCUCCAUGGACAGCUGUGAGUCCAAAAUGACUCCCAGGCUGCGCACCUGGUCCUUCAGGGGCACAGUUUCCUCAUUCAGGACCAGGGAGUCCUCCACACCUGCCUGCUGUAUCUAUAGGGAUAUAGAUACAGGCAACUCCCCAUUUACACAGAGGUUACGGUCUGAGGCACCGUGCACGUAAGUGAAAUCGCAUAAACUGGGAACACCAUUGACAAAAGCCUGCAAACUCCCCAAUCACUCCAUCCAAACCUCCUUGCUCAAACUCCCAACUCUCCACGGGUCUCGGAAAGUCGAUGCAAGGACUCCUGGGAUUGCACUUGCAAAGGCUUGUGGGAUUGCUAGGUGCUGUUUUGUGAUGUGUUUGCCCUUUCUGCACUCUUUUAGGGCCAUUUUUGCCCUUUUCCUAGUCACUUCCAGGUUCGCAGUGAUGCAUGUGUGUGCGCGCAGUUACACAAAUAUUGAACAUAUGCAAAUGGAGAGUUGCCUGUAUAUUUUAUAAUUUUAUUGCCAGUAAGGGCCUGGUGGUAAAAUACACAUUUUUAACAAGCCCUGCUAUUAUUAUUAUUAUUAUUAUUAUUAUUAUUAUUAUUAUUAUUAUUAUUAUUUUGGAGGGUAAGGCUAUCAGCGGCUAUUGGUUGUGAUGGCUGCACUCUGCCCCACUGGGCCAGAGGCAGCUAUGCUUCUGAAAACCAGUUUUUGGUGUGUUGACUUUUCGUUCCGCUUGCUUCAGCUGCAGGAUGCCUUGAAAUGCCAGCAUUGCAAGAAGCAAUUCAAGUCCAAAGCCGGGUUGAAUUACCACACCAUGGCCGAACACGUCAACAAGGUAGGAAACUCUGGUUGCAUGUAAAACAAGUAAAUGAAUAUUCUGCACUGUGGCAACAUACUGCCCUCGAAUAAGCCGGAGUCCACAACUUGUGUGCUUUUGCAAGUUUGCAUAAUUUCCCUUGUCUUCCAACCCGUGUUUUUGGAAUUUGUGCUAUUUAUUGCCCUUUUAAUAGUCGGGGGGGGGGCAGGGAAAAGGGGCAAGGAGCUGUGCUGGGCACUGGGGCCUCCAGACCCCAUGACUAUUAAUCUUGUUCCACAACCCCUCUGGCACCUGAAAUCUCACCAGGAACAUGCCUUUGCAACCACGAGGGCUGUAAAAAAACAAUUAAAAAGAGGAAAUCAGAGAUUCUCACUUUUCUGCGCUGGCAUCACUCUGCAAUAGAUGCAUAGUCUUGGAUAAUGGCGCCAGGGUGCUGGCGGCCUUCCUGCCUUUUAUAAAAUGCCUCUUUCUGGGGUGUGAGGCAGACAAGGGCCCACUGCGUGUACGAAAGGCUAGAUUAACAUUGCGGGGUUUCUCGAUUCCUUCCCUGCAGCCAGUUCCUGUGGAAGCCGCUGCCCCUCUCAGCGAGCACGAAGAGCGGGAGAGGCUGAGGAAAGUACUAAAGCAGAUGGGGAAACUAAAAUGCCCCGUUGAGGUACUUCUUUUCGCUCUUUUGGCUAAUAUUUCCAGCAGAGAAAGAGUUGGGGAAGCCAGUGAGUUUUUCAGUACGAUCACAUCUUACGCAUGUUUGUCAGGCGCGUUUGACGUUAGGUGGUUGAAGGCCAGUUGCUUGAAAUCACACAAAUUUAACGCCCAGAAGGCAGAGAACUCAAAAGCUCUCUUUGUUCAGGGUUUCCCCGGCGCAGAAAGAGCUUUUAAACUCUCUGCCUUGCUUACUGGGCUCUGGGAUGCUUGUGCAAGAUCUUGGGAUCUCACGAGAGCAUUCCAGAGCCCAGUAAGCAAGGCGGAGAGCUGUUAAGCUCUCUGUUUUGCUGUGGGACGCAAGGCAGCAUGGAUGUGCUGUCUUAACAGAGAUAAAUCUAUGGCCCGCAACUUCACUUUACGUUUAAAGCAAUAUCACUCCCCUUUAAAAAGUCAUGACUUCCCCCCAACGAAUUCUGGGAACUGUAGUUUGUUAAGGGUCAUGAAUGGAAGGGAGAAGAGUCGGUGGAAGAAGAUUGGAAGAAAUUUAAAGACUAUUUACAGAAAUAUUGCAAAAUUAAUGAAUGUUAGAAUGAUGUUGGAUUGAAGUUAAGUGGUUUCUAGCUGUAAUGGUAUAAAAGAAUAUGGACAAAUUGGUUUUUAAUACGUAAAAAUUUAAUGUUUAUAAUAUAUCAAGAUUAAAGAUCAGGAUUAAAAAGGAGGGAAAGGAAUUGCUGGACUAACAAACUGAAUUGGAAUACAAAAGAGGGUGGUAUGAGGAGGUCCGGGAAAUAAGGAAAUGUAAGAGAAGUGAUGAAAAGAUGAAAUUGUUUUUAACUGUUUUUUCUUAUUUUGUAUUUUGUAUUUUUCCUUUUUAUUGUUAAUUUUUCCUUUUUAUUGUUAAUUUUCUUAUUAAUGUAAUCUCUUUCUUUUCUUUGAAAUUUUAAUAAAUAUCAUUUUUUUAAAAAAUGAAUGUUCUCUGUUAAGACAGAUUGAUGGUUGAAAUACCCUGGAAAUUGUAGUUCUUGGGGGCAGGGAAAAAGCCAACCGAAGAUGAAAAAUCCAUUAAAUCAGACAUUAUGAGUUCAUCUUCGGUUGGGUAGUUCGCUAGUCUCUGUGGCUUUGUACAAGGUUUUGUCUUUUUCUCAGAAGAUUGAUAAAGAAUGUAUAAUCAUUUUGGUAAUUAUUGAUAGCCUUAUGAGCUGGUCUCAUCUGCUUUUGAACCCAUCUAAGUUUCUGGCAUUCCCACCGUGUUUCUCCUGUUCCUCUUCCUGCAGGGAUGCGUGGCUACUUUCUCCAGCCUUAUGGGGUACCAGUACCACCAGAAGCGGUGCGGGAAGCAGCUGUCCGAGGUGGAGAAGCCCGUCUUCACCUGCCUGCACUGCGGGAAGACGUACAAGUCGAAAGCAGGACACGACUACCACGUGCGGUCAGAACAUCCGUCCGCGGUAAGGCCCUAUGAGCCUCUUCCCUCCAUUCUGUUGUCGUGCUGUUGAGUAUCAUUAUGCUGCAAGACAUUACAUUUUGCAAAGUGUUUCCUCAUCUUUUAUUUAUUUAUUUUUUUAGAAAAAUAGUUUUUAUUUGCAUUUUUAAUACAAAACAAGCAAAAAAACCACACACACACCCUUUCCUCCACCCCACCCCCCAAUUGUACAACUUUCAUACCAAUCUCGACAUACAAUUAAAUACCCAGUGACUUCCCAUCCACCCUUUUCCUGGUUUCUGUACUAUUCUAUAAAUUGCGUAUUCCAAAUUUUUACUCUACAAAUUUCUUCCUCUGCUAAUUUCUGUUAGCGCCUAUUCUGCCGGGUUUACUCAAGACCAGCUAGGUUAUUUACUUGUUUAUACUGGUUCUUUAAAAUAUCCAAUAAACAUUUUUCAAUCCUCCUUCUAUCCUUUAUCAUACUUUUCUCUUCCCUAUUCGUUAUGCCUGCCAGUUCAGCAUAUUCAAGCAUUUUAAACUGCCACUCUUCUCUGGUGGGUACCAUACUCGUUCUCCACCUUUGUGCCAGUAAAAUUCUGGCCGCGUUGGUGGCAUAUAAUAAUAAUAUCUCUCUCUCUCUCUCUCUUUUUUACCAUUCCCAAAAGGAAUGUCUCAAGCUUUUGGGGGAAGGUUUUUAUGAAUAUCUUUUUAAAAUCAUUGUAAAUUACUUCCCAGAGUUCCCCGAUUACUUUACAAGACCACCACACGUGGAAAAAGGUUGCUUCUACUUCAUUGCAUUUCCAACAUUUAUCUUUUUCUUUUAUCAACAUUUCUGCUAGUUUGGCAAGGCAACAGUGAUCCUCUGGUGGUGCUUGUGCAAAACCUAUUUCUCCUCUCAGCAGUUGUCUCAGCUUGCUAAAUUUGGUUUCAAUACUCCUUAUUUUAAUGAUUUUUUUGUUUUGGGUGUCUUUGAACCACCUUGAUUUUUCCCCCUUUUAAUAGAAGGCAGCGUUACAAUUAUUUUAAAUACAGUGCAGCAACAUCUCGCACACAUUUAACAUGCACGAUUUUAAAUGUACGCGGCUGAAGGCAGGCUGGUUGAAAGUACGCAAGUUAAAUCCAAAACUGGCGGGGAGCUUAAAAGCUCAUUCUCUGGCUUGUGGAUCCUGGUGACAGCCUUUGACAUAUAGUAUCCAGGCUUUCUCAUGCUGAUGCAGAAGAUGGGGCUGACACUGGUUGUUGUUCUUUGGGUACCCCUUUCCACCUUCACCCCCUUUCCCCCCGUCUUCUCAGCCUCCUGAACAGCCCGAGAUCAAGCCUGAAGUCAGCCUCGUCGAAGAUUUCGAGAGGACUCCGAGCGGCAGGAUCCGGCGCACGUCAGCCCAGGUCGCCGUCUUCCACUUGCAGGAAAUCGCCGAGGAUGAGCUAGCCAAGGACUGGACCAAACGGAGGAUGAAGGACGACUUGGUCCCCGAGACAAAGCGAGUGAGAGCCCGUCACUUACCUGACUUUUGCUGAAGGGCGGGGUGCAAGGAAAACAGGGUCUGUAGUCUUGGUCUGGGGCACGUGUUGGGGUGUGUGGCUUGCGGGUUCUUCAAUUGGCUAGUUUGGAAACAACUUGGAAAUCACACAGGCGCUCUCUCUGGGCCUGACCAGAGAAGCCAAGCUUAGGGAAUUGUUUUUGCAGGACCAGGUGCAGCUCUGAGGAUAGCAGGGCUUGCAGCUUCAGUACCACUCUGUUGUUGCUUGCAGUGAUCGUGCUUCAGCCAGGGCUAGCAGGCCUCUCCACCAGCUACUAGUGUUGUACUGAGUUAGCAUGCUCUAGUUAUCUCCCGCUUGGACUACUGCAAUGCGCCCUACGUGGGGCUACCUUUGAAGGUGACCCGGAAACUACAACUAAUCCAGAAUGCGGCAGCUAGACUGGUGACUGGGAGCGGCCGCUGGAACCACAUAACACCGGUCCUGAGAGAUCUGCAUUGGCUCCCAGUAUGUUUCCGAGCACAAUUCAAAGUGUUGGUGCUGACCUUGAAAGCCCUAAACGGCCUCGGUCCUGUAUACCUGAAGGAGCGUCUCCACCCCAUCGUUCUGCCUAGACACUGAGAUCCAGCGCCGAGGGCCUUCUGGCGGUUCCCUCCCUGCGAGAAGUGAGGUUACAGGGAACAAGGCAGAGGGCCUUCUCGGUGGUGGCGCCUGCCCUGUGGAACGCCCUCCCAUCAGAUGUCAAGGCAAUAAGCAACUAUCUUACCUUUAAAAGACAUCUGAAGGUGGCCCUGUUUAGGGAAGUUUUUAAUGUUUGAUGCUGUAUUGUGUUUUUAAUAUUUGGUUGGAAUCCAUUCAGAGUGGCUAGGGAAACUCAGCCAGAUGGGUGGCGUAUAAAUAAUACAUUAUUAUUAUUAUUAAUAUUAUUAUUAUUAUUAGCCUACUAGAUGUGCAUAUGCGCAAGGUCCUCAGUGUUUUCUUUCUCUGCCACUGGUUGAGCUCUCCUUCGUCACACUGCCUGUGACAAAAUACACUCUUCUUGAUUUCAUCUCUUGUUGAUUUCAUCCAGUUAAAGAUUUGUUCAUUUCGGUGAAACAUACAUACACACACAUGCUCCAGCCAAUCUUUUUGAACUUGGGAAAAUGAAAAUAACAGAAUCGGUUUUUGGGGGGAAACUUGUUGAGCUAAUAAGCAGAUUAAAAGAAUAAUAAUGCAGUUUUUUGUAGAGCUGUGUUUUAUAUGCCGAAGUUGAUUAACCCCUGCUUCUUGCCUGGCAGCUAAACUACACCCGUCCUGGGCUUCCGAAGCUGAACCCGAAGCUUCUGGAAACCUGGAAAAACGAAGUGAAGGAAAAAGGACACAUCAACUGCCCUAAUAAUGUGAGUGCCUUGUUUUCUGCAGAGCUGAUUGGAAAAUGAAAGGGAUGUUAUGUUUUAUUCUGUGUUAUGGACAUGCUGCGGGACGCGGGUGGCGCUGUGGGUUAAACCACAGAGCCUAGGACUUGCCAAUCCGAAGGUCAGCGGUUUGAAUCCCCGCGAUGGGGUGAGCUCCCGUUGCUCAGUCCUGCCAACCUAGCAGUUUGAAAGCAUGUCAAAGUGCAAGUAGAUAAAUAGGUACCGCUCUGGCGGGAAGGUAAACGGCGUUUCCAUGCGCUGCUCUGGUUCGCCAGAAGCGGCUUAGUCAUGCUGGCCACAUGACCCGGAAGCUGUACGCCGGCUCCCUUGGCCAGUAAAGCGAGAUGAGCGCCGCAACCCCAGAGUCAUCCGCGACUGGACCUAAUGGUCAGGGGUCCCUUUACCUUUACCUAUGGACAUGCUGCAGAUUGGAACAGUUCUCAUGUUCUUAAGGUUUCAUGGCCAGGGUGCCCAGCCCCUGAGUCGAAAAAGUUGCCUCUCCCUGAUCUCCAGGAAAGGCUUGUUAGCAGGGCUGUGGGGAGGUGGGAGGGACGUUGUUUGUAGAGCAGGUGAGAGGCAUUAGCCGGUUAGCACAGCCACUUUGAAAAGGUGCGCGGCUCUGAAACGGAUAGCGUCUCUGCCCAGGCGAUUAGCCCAAUUUCCCUUUCCACAUCAGACUCGCGACCGGCGGUGCCGUAAGAUCUCCCGUCGCCCAGCAGGUCUCCCGUAACUGCUUGAAAGCGCCUUGAAUGUUCAAAGGUCCAUUUAGGGACGUGUUUUGCCUGCCAGCGACGGAGCCACAUGACUCCCAUUAGCAGUAAUUAGAAGCAUGUGGCAAGAUCCCAACAGGCAGAUCGCCUGUAAAAUUAACCUUGUGACGGCGAGAGGGAGCUUGCAAAGAAGGAGAGCCUUGUGGGGAUUUGGAGGGGGGCGGGUCGCUGCAACCCCAUGAAAGGGGGAAAGGAGGGAGGGGAGUACAAAACCCUACUUACCAUGUGCUGCGCUGUUUUCGCUUCCAGUGCUGCGCUGCCAUCUAUUCCAGUGUGUCCGGUUUGAAAGCCCACCUUGCAAACUGCAACAAGGUAAGGCGUUUAAGAGGCUUAUAGCCUAACGUCAUUAUUAUUAUUUAUUAAGCUUGUAUGCCGCCCUUCAUCAGGAAGAUCUCAGGGCGGUUCACAGCAUCAGAAUACAAAAUAAAAACACAAAAUACACAAUGAAAGCAAACACAAAACAAUAACCACCCCGCACCCACAAACACAUAUAAAAAGGACACAUAAUGUUAAUCAUGCAAAGACCUGGUUGAAGAGGAACAUUUUUGCCUGGCGCCUAAAGAUGUACAGUGAAGGCACCAGGCAAGCCUUCCUGGGGAGAGUAUUCCUCAAACGGGGAGCCACUGCAGAAAAGGCCCUGUUCUCGUGUUGCCACCCUCUGGAUUUCUCAUGGAGGAGGCACACAACAAAGGGCCUCAGAUGGUGAUUUCAGGGUCUGGGUCAGUUCAUAUGGGUAGAGGUGGUCCUGGAGGUAUUGAGGUCCUGAGCUGUUUAAGGCUUUAUAGGUCAAAUUCAGCACUUUGAAUUGGGCCUAGAAACUAAUUGGCAGCCAGUGCAGUUGGGCCAGGAUCAGUAUAAUAUGCUCAAACUGUCUUGCUCCAUUGAGCAACCUGGCCGCUGAAUUCUGCAACAGCUGAAGUUUCCGAACCUUCUUCAGAGGCAGCUCUGGAGGAUGCCAUAGCCAGUGGUAUCCAAAACCCGCAAAGAGGUCAUGUAAUGGCAAUGUUGAGAACCCUUCCCAUAGGCGGAAAUCCUUUUCCCAACUCUCACUCCCCGCCCUCAGCUUUCAGCGCCCUCUGCCAAAUUCAAGCCCCUCGUUCAUUUUCUGACGGAUCAGAAAACGUCUGAAACGGUUCAUUCAGAUGCUUCCAGUUGUGUGAAGAUGCACCUAUACUCAAUGUCUGAUGCUUGCCUGCCUCGCAUUAAUGCCACAGAUCCAGCUGCAAGCAUGCUCCCGCGACUCUCACUACACCCCCUCUCCCGCUGGGAGCUCGUACAUCACCUCAUUGUCAAUAAAGAAUAUAUUACGCAUUCUCUAGUGGCAGAUGGAAGCAGAGUAGGGAGCUCAUUCGUUUUCCGCAAGGUCAGCGGUAGCAGAAAUCCAGGGUUUUAAUUAGCUGCUCGGCAACCCAGAAGAGAAAUUUCAAAAGCUUUAUUGAUCAGGUUCGGCCAUAAAUUAGAGGAAGCCUCUGCUCCUCGUAGCGGGCUGCAGGGUAGAAUGAAGCUGCUGUUCUGCUCCAUGUGGCAGCUUGGGUAGGCUGGCGCAACGUCGGGGAUGGCCAGCUCCACGAGAGGUUCAAGCUGGGGCAAGUGGAAGAUGUUGUUUCAGCAACAGAUAGCUGUUAGCUUUUUUUGGUGAUGAAACAGAUGCCCUUUACUUGUCAGGUUGGCAACAGUUGAACAGGUAUUAUUCAAUUAUUAUUACUAUUAUUAUUAUUAUUGUUGUUGUUGUUAUAUUAAAUUUACAUAUUAAUGAAAGCAAUGUGUUUCUCUCCCUUGAGCCAAAGAGAGGGCUUAGUCCUUCAUAGCAGUGCAUAAGUUACCAUAUUUUUUGCUCUCUAAGACUGACUUUUUCCCUCCUAAAAAGUAAGGGGGAAUGUGUGUGCAUCUUAUGGAGCGAAUGCAGGCUGUGCAGCUAUCCCAGAAGCCAGAGCAGCAAGAGGGAUUGCUGCUUUCACUGCGCAGCGAUCCCUCUUGCUGUUCUGGCUUCUGAGAUUCAGAAUAUUUUUUUUCUUGUUUCCCUCCUCCAAAAACUAGGUGCGUCUUGUGGUCUGGUGCGUCUUAUAGAGCAAAAAUACGGUAUUAAUCCAUAGCUUGCCUGUCCUCACAAACAGCGUCUACUGCUUGAAGUCACCACGCUCCCAUGUUCUCAAGGAAACGACGAUAACAAAAUAAGCAAACCAACUGCCACCAUUUAUUCUUUGUCAAAUACAUUUACAAUGCAAAUACAGUACAGAUACUAACAACAACCUCAGAAUGGACCUUAGGUAAGGCGGGGGCUGUAAGCUCCUCUGCCAAAAAUCCCCCAUCUUUUGCCCUCCAUCUCACCUGAGCGAGCCAGGUGACCCUUUCUGCUAAGUUUCCAAAUGCAUGAGUGCAGGAUAGGUUCUGAAAGGUCCGGGUGAGAGUUAACCCUUCCCCGGAUUCCCAGGGGAGGUUCUGACCCCCACCUGAAUCCUACUCCAUAUAUGAAGGGGCCUGAAGUUUCCCUGGAGCCUGAAUGUCACAGUGCCAAGGACAAAUCUGUCCUACGUAGAUGAUCAACACAUCUCCAAGAUAUCCUCCGGGGCUGAGCUCACAUGGCCGGACCUUUGUAUUGCAGGGAGACCACUCCGUGGGGAAGUAUCGUUGUCUUCUGUGUCAGAAGGAGUUUAGCUCAGAAAGCGGAGUCAAGUACCACAUCAUUAAGACUCACUCGGAGGUAAGUACCGGGCCUUGUCAGCAAAGGACUUUGGGGGGAGUCCGCCCUCCCCCCCCCCCGAAAGCUGAAAUUCUCGUGAGGCCUACAGAAGAGUGGUCCCAGUGAGCUGGAAUAAAUCAUUAUUCUUUUCUAAUAAUAUAGGAGUGAAUUUCAAACUUCCAGCUGACUGAAAUUAGUCCCCCAGAUUUGCUACCUUAUUUUCCAGUAGCUAAUUUGGGAGGGGGGGUUGUGGGGAGGGUUUAAUGAAGGGGAGGGGACUUUAGGCCAUUCAUCAUACCCUGCAUCAAAGGCAGUCUAGGUAACUCCCUGUCAGGGACUGGGCAGAUGAUUAGGAAUGGUGGAGACUGUUACCCCAAGAGCCUUCCAGAGAAAGGAGGCAGAGGGUAUGGACCCAGGAUCGUGGUGGUUUGAGACGGGAGACUUCCCAGAAGAGGAAGAAAAGAGCUGGGAAAUCAUGGAGGGUGAGGAACAGGAGCAAUAAUAAUAAUAAUAAUAAUUUAUUAUUUGUACCCCACCCAUCUGGGUGGGUUUCCCUAACCACUCUGGGCGGCUUUCAACAGAACAUUAAAAUACAAUAGUCUAUUAAACAUUAAAAGCUUCCCUAAACAGGGCUGCCUUCAGAUGUCUUCUGAAAGCCUGGUAGUUGUUUUUCUCUUCGACAGCUGGUGGGAGGGCUUUCCACAGGGUGGGUGCCACCACCAAGAAGGCCCUCUGCCUGAUUCCCUGUAACUUCUAAGGUAGCCCCACAUAGAGCGCAUUGCAGUAGUCCAGGCGAGAGAUAACUAAAGCAUGCACCACUCUGGCGAGACAGUCUGCGGACAGGGAGGGUCUCAGCCUACCUACCAGGUGGAGCUGAUGCCCUAGUCCUGAACAGGGACAGGAGUCAGAUGUCGUAAAAACAGUACAGCAGCUGAUUGACCCCAUGCCCCUUGAAAGAGGGCUAGGCGUGCUCUUUGUGUCUCUGGUCUCACAGCCAAACAGAAAAGGAAAGAUUCCCUGGUCGGCACCGUAGGCAGCAGGAGGGGUAUGAGAUGUAGAGAAAGUCAGCGGCCAGGGGAAAGAGUGGCCACUCAGGGGAACAGUCCCAUUUCCUGAUUUCCAUGUAUUAAGUAGUGGGUGGACAUAGCAGACGACACAGAGAUUUCUCCAAGUUGUUCUUUAUAAGUAAGCUGGAAUUGAACUGAACAGCAAACAGCUCAGCCGGUCUGCUUUUAUAGGCAGCCGGCUGUCCACAUUGGAACAACAACAGCCUAAAUUAACUUACGUGGACCUGAGUGAAAACUAUACAGUCAUACCUCGGGUUGAAGUAGCUUCGGGUUAAGCACUUUUGGGUUACGCUCCGUGGCGACCCGGAAGUAACGGAGCAUGUUGCUUCCGGGUUUCGCUGCUCGCGCAUGCGCAGACGCUCAAAAUCAUGCUCGGAAGUGGCGAGACGCGCGGAUCCCGUUCACAUCCAGAGGUACCACUGUACACAAUACCCCCUGGUGGCCAGGGUGAGAACUUCCGUACAUAACACCGUGCACAGUGGACGCUUGGGUUGCGAACGUGAUCCGUGUGGGAUGCGCACACGCGGGUUGCGAUUCAGUGCUUCUGCGCAUGCGCAAAGCACAGUUUAGCGCUUCUGCACAUGCGUGACCACCGAAACCCGGAUGUAACCUGUCCUGGUACUUCUGGAUUUUGGCUGUCCGUGACCCAAAAAACGCAACCAGAAGCGUCUGUAACCCGAAGUAUGACUGUAUUUCUGAUUCCAAGAAAUGUACUGAAAAGCAGCACUCCGUCUCUCUGCGUGUCUGGAUUCUCUGGGCAGUUAGCCAAGUGAGAUGCCCGUUGGCUUCCCUCCCCUCCCCUCCCCUCCCCUUCCCUUCCCUCCUUUCGUCUCCUUGGUUCACCCAAUUUGGGGGAAGGAUUUUGGGGCAAACCCCCAAACUGAAGCAGGUGAUUGCAGCUCAGAAUGGUUCCAAGUGGGGAUGAGGUGCUUCAUUUAGUUAUUUUUUUAACUUCUGAAAACCGCCACAUUUGCCGGUAGUUGUGGUGUUGCGGCACAGCUGCAGCCGCUGCUAUUCUGCGCCGCGUCCAAAUUGAGUUCCCGACUCUGUGCUCCUUUCCUUCCUUGAACGCAGAACUGGUUCCGGACUUCCACGGAGGCCAUCCGGAAGAAAAAGACCAGCGAGCCGACCGCUGCCAGCCACGAGGAGAAGAAGAAAAGCACAGACGGGAAGAAGAGGGGGCGGAAACCGAAGGAAAGGCCUCCGGAAUCUUCCGCCAAAAGCAAAGAGAUAGGCAAGACGAACCAUAAGAAACCGGCCGGGCCCUGGGAGGCCGCGGACUUCAGCCCCGAUGAGAGAGAGCAAGGUAACAAGCCCCCCCACAGCAAGAAAGGGGGGUCCAGUAAAAUGCCAGAGAAAUAA